GAGAUCAGUGGGGAGUGCAAUAUCAGAGAGACUCCUGCAGUUGGAGAGAAAACUAAGUCAAUCAACGGGAGAUUUACAGAUCAGAAGUAAAUCUACAGCUUCAAAGACAAGCAGGUACAUGCUGAUCAGUAAAAGUCUCAUACAUUGUUAUUUCACCUUUGGAACCGGAGUGGAUUUGUGGAGAGUGGGGUAAGAGUGACAUUGGUAAAUUUGUUUAUGCUUUUAGUGAGAAUUUAAAGUGAAUUUCAAAUUUAAGGCAAAAGUAGCUGAACUGGAAGCAUAGAUGAUUUUUUCAGCUCCUCUAUUUAAAUGUAAAUAAAACUUACAUUUGGAAUUCACUUUUAAUUCUCAUGUUAGAGUGUCGUAUAGUAGAGAAUGGGAGAAUGUCUGCACAAUCAAUUAAAAUUAGAGAGGUGUAGAAAGAAUGGAGAGAGACAUGCAAGAAUUAUAUAUAAUACUAUUGAAAUGUUAUUGUUCAACAUGAACUAAGGGGAUUAUUCACUGACUACUGAAUUGUGGCAAAUUGAAAGCUGUAGUUUAAGUAACAAUAACUGGUGUACAAUAAUUCACCAAUCAGCUACAGUAACAGUUUGGCUAUUUUAUCCCACCUUUUGCUAUUUGGAUUUCAAAUCAAUACAGUUUAGAGUUCCAUGAAUAAGCUCAGAGAAAAGUUUCGUUUCUUCAGUGAGAAAUUCUUUAAAUGUUGCUCACACUAGAGAAUUGAGAAAUUGGCAAGUCUUUUCAUACACCUACUUCCUCUUCCUCGCUAUCCCUCUCCUUAUCUUUACAUCAAGUACAGGAAAGAAUGUACUAAAAAUAUAUAAUGGACCAUGCUGAAAUAUGACUAUAAAGACUAUCAAAUAUCAGCCUAGGAACCAUUUGAUGCAGGUAGGACUAAAGUUACUAAUCAGGAUGGUAGAAGUUCGUUUUCUUCCUUAAUUUAUGUAUAUGAAUAAAUGUGCUUGAGGAUAUUUCAGUUUGUGUAUGGUUUUGCCUAAGGCCCCUGCUCCAAUUCCAAACUACAGAAUUAAGUCUUUAGAGACUUUGUUUUCACUAUUUAAGUGCCGAACAGAGUUAGUGGUCAGGAAUCCAGAGUCUAGCUCUCAAAUGAACAGCGCUAAAAAUCAGAAAAUGUACAUACGUUUUGUAGAAAUACUGGCCAGCAGAGUAGCUUAAAAAAAAGAGAAACAAAAAUACAAAUAAUGGUACAGUAUGUAUGAACGAUAUAAUUCCACAAGAACAAAGGUGUUAUAUUCACACUCACACUUUGAGGAGCUAUAUCAGCUCGGUGUUAAGAGCCUGGACGGAAUAAUCUCCGUCUAUGGAUUUCUUGAGGUUCAAGACCGUUGGUGAAUUUAUAGGUGUAAAUAUUCGUUACAUGAAAAACAAGAGUAAAAUACACCACAUGGUAUAGUACGUAAAUAUAAAAUAUUGUGGGAAAAAAAAAAAAAGUGGAUUAUCUUCCUCACUUGACGCGUUUCGCCGAAGCUUUCUCAAAAGUUCACUUGAUGUGAAGUUCACUUUUGAGAAAGCUUCGGCGAAACGCGUCAAGUGAGGAAGAAUUUUGGACUUUUAUACAGGACUGGUUUUAUAGUUUAUUAUUCACUUUUCACUUUUUGUAUUAAAGUAUAUAUAUUUUUUUAAACUAUCCAGUCAUUCCUUUUGUCCUCCUUCCUAUCCAAUACUGCUUUGCUGCUAUACCUGGGUCCACUAUAUCCCAAGGUGGGGAUUAUUCCACCUGAAAUUCUCCAGACUAGAGCAGGUCGUUGCUGUAGUAUAUGUAAGUAGGAUCAUCCACUUUUUUUUUUUUUAAUAAUAUUUUAUAUUUACGUACUAUACCAUGUGGUGUAUUUUACUCUUGUUUUUCAUGUAACGAAUAUUUACACCUAUAAAUUCACCAACGGUCUUGAACCUCAAGAAAUCCAUAGACGGGGAUUAUUCCGUCCAGGCUCUUAACACCGAGCUGAUAUAGCUCCUCAAAGUGUGAGUGUGAAUAUAACACCUUUGUUCUUGUGGAAUUAUAUCGUUCAUACAUACUGUACCAUUAUUUGUAUUUUUGUUUCUCUUUUUUUUAAGCUACUCUGCUGGCCAGUAUUUCUACAAAACGUAUGUACAUUUUCUGAUUUUUAGCGCUGUUCACCUUUCUAUUUUAUCUGUCCAUUUAUCACAAGGUAGAGGAACACCUUGUUGGUGAACUGCUGCUCACCCCUGAGAAGAGAGUGCUUAUUAUUCUUUUGCAUUAGCUCUCAAAUGAAACAUUUACUAAAAUGGAGGGAAUCCGAUAUCUGAGGAGUGAUAAGAGGAAGGGGGGGAAGAUUUGCCCAGAGCGGAUAUGUUGCAUUUAAGAUCAUAUAUGAAUCAAAUGUGAUAUAUUAAUUUUGUUAUUUUUUCACCUUUAUUAAAUACACAUUAUAUACAUUGAAAUGUGAGGUCAGGCAUCUUAUAAAAAUCUAUAUUCUGACCCAAAAGAUUGAUUCCCAGAUGUUGCAAUACUACAACUCCCAUGAUGCUUUGUAUGCCUUUGCAUGUCUUUAAAAUAUCAAAUGAUAUAGAUCCAAUGUGAUCUGUGUUAUAUUUAAGGGAGCCCAAAUAUAAGGGAGCAUUGUGGAAGUUGUUGUUUUAAAACAUCUGGUGAUCUACUUUUUGGGCACCUCUGCUCUAGUUUGUAAGGUUAAAAAACAAACAAACAAACUGUUGUGUGUAUUUUCAUUUAUUUUCCUUUAGAAAAUGCAUGUUUGCAUAUGUUAAAAUGUGUGCUUACGUAUCUUAAAGCAGCAAUGUCUUUUACCCCCCCCCCUGCCUACUCUACUGCAUUUAAUUGUCCCCCUUGUCACCCCCAAAUGCCCCUAGGUCCCCAUUUCACACUUUUUUACCUCUUAAUUUCUUGCCCGGACCUAGGUCCUAUAUGCCGCCGUAAUAUUGGUUUAGGCAGAUUAAGGCUCUGCAGGACAUGUCAUCUGCCCACACUAAAUGGCAUGGUUAAAUCCCUGCGCAUGCCUAGUUUAAAACUUUUUUGAUAAGUCUCGCCUCCACCCAUAAGAAACAACAACUAGCGAGCCUGGAGCAGACCUUAACUAAAUUUCGCUCCUUCGGGGGCGUGGCCAACCACGAGACAGAACAGCCGUGUUUCUGUAGAGCUCCUCUUCACCCAGAGACAUUAACCCCAAUAAAAUACGGAUAACUCCAAUGAAGAGGACCACCUACAAUCUCACCCCCCCAGAGACAACAUGGGGUUCAAGCACCGUAAACCUCAAGGGCCAGAAACCCCCAAACACAGAGAUAUAAGGCUCUCAUUUGAGCCACCUACACUGCCGGCGCGGAAUAGAUCUCGGAGGAAUCCCUGGAAGAAGAGGGAGAAGAACUUACCACCUUGAGACAAAGCGACUCAGACAGGGCAGACAACUCUGAGGAUGACUCGUCCCCUGCAACCAAAGGGGACAUAAAGCAAAUGCUCCUAGAGAUGCGCCAAAUCUGAAAGUUAGACCUCCGGGAUAUCCGACAAGACAUGGGGGCAAUGUGGAAAAAGCUCCAAGAGGUUGUAGAGAGAGAGGCUGCAAGGGAAACCCGACUGCAAACCACUGAAGCCAAAGCUGACACCCUCGCAUUGCAGGUCCAGAGAUUGAACCGCACAGUGGCAUCCCUGGAAACUCGACACAGGCGACGUAACGUACGCCUGCGGGGAAUACCCGAAGAGGUAAAAGGGGAGCAGCUACUAUCCUACUCCCGCUGGCUGAUAACAGCAAUAGGCCUCAAAGGUGAAGUAGAUCCCAACAUGAUACUCACGAAGUUCAGAGUGAGGAAGGUGGCGACAGCCGCGGAGGCAGCCCCAAGAGACACAAUAAUGAUAACAAGGGACAUUGCCGUAAAAUCGGAAUUUGAAGGAGCCUCCAUCACGUUCUUUAACGACAUCCCCUUUGCUGCGCUGCUGGAAAUACGGAGACUGGCUCCACUAGCCAAGAAACUAAGAAACAACUCGAGGCAGUACCUCUGGGGAGCCCUAAUUGUAACGAAUGGAGACAAAACUGCCACAAUUACCUCGGCUGAUGACCCUGAGACAAUUCCGGAGCCUAGACACGGUAGACACACUAACUAAAGCAAAUACGAGCAGCCGCCCCAGAGAGGAGAAGCACAGGACAACUGGGGAAGACAAACCGCGGUCCUUGCCCAAGAUACAAAAACUGGGAACAUGAAAACUGUAAAUAUUAUCAUACUGCAAGAGACCGCAUACAUCCGAGCCACUACCAUGGGCCACCCCCACGAGCCACUAUAGUUUCCCAGAAACACAACACUACCCUAGUCAGAUGCCCACACACCCACUCACCAGACUACACCGACACCACACAGCGAGGCAACCACCCCUACGACAUUGCAUGAGGGACAGAAGAACUUGAUACCCGCUACUUACAGAAGCUGCCACCUACCUUCAAAUGACAUUCAAACAACACACCUAGAGUCUAAACACUAUACCUGACUUUAUGUUAGCUGCAACGUGUCCUAUUUCCUGUUGUUGAUUAGCAACCGAUACCCUACCUACCUUCAAACGACACUCAAAGGACAUACCUAGGGUCUAUACACUGUGUCUGUAUUUAGGUUAUUGGCAAUAUGACCUAUUUCCUGUUGUGAUAUGUAAAACCGAUACCCUGAUAUAACUGUUAUUUCGCACGAAAUUCAAUAAAAUACAAUUUAAAAAAAUAAAUAAAAUUUGCUCCCUCGAAACCAAACUUAAACUCCUCUUCCAAAUUGAACACACAAAUCUCAAAAUGCCAAAAGUCCAUUAGGGAAUUUAUGGCUGUUGAUUCUGCCAAGGCCCUUCAAUGGACUCGCUACCUCUACUAUGAGAAAUCAAACAAUUCAGACACUUUAUUGGCUGGUAAACUUAAGUGCUGAGCUGCCUGUAAAAAAAUAGAUAUGGUAAAUUUCCGUUCCGGUCACACAAAAGAAGCACUGGAACAAAUAGCUGAAAUCUUCCAAGACUAUUAUUCCUUUCAUUAUGACCAUAGCCCACAAAUUCACAAUAAACCUGAAGCGAUACUAACACAAAUUGAUACUUAUCUUUAAUCUACCAUCACUCACUCUGGAAGGAGCCAAAAGGCUGAUGCAACUGGUCACCACAGAAGAACUUGCCACCACAUUGAAAACUCGGGAUUUACUACAAAACUUUGCAGCCAUCCUGACCCCUCAUUUAUGCAACCUAUUCAACUCAAUAUUAGAAGGUGAGGUUUUACCACGUUAUAUAUGCUACAGGCGAACAAAUGCCUUCUGCCCAAGACUGAGAAGACACAAAUGGAACCUGGCCACUACUGCCCUAUUUCCCUGCUGAAUGUGGAUGUUAAACUCUUUACGAAACUCACGGGAGACAGACUCAAUGAGACCUUGAUGAGACUGGCCAGUGAUAACACCAUAUGUACCCUAGACCUGAUAUGGUUUGCUAAUCACCGACUAACACCGACCUUAGUUCUCUACCUUGAUGCAGAAAAGGCUUUUGAUAGAUUACUCUGGCCCUUUCUCUUUGCCACACUUCAUAAAUUUUGUUUCCUACAACCCUUUAUUGAUGCAUUAUGAAAACUAUAUUCAGCCCCUACUGCCAACCUGCUUUUAACCUCUUCACACAUCCCAUCUUUCAGAAUACUGCCCACUUUCAACGGUCUUAUUUGCCUUGUCCCUGGAACCACUUCUCCAGACCGUUAUGAUGAAUGGUAAUGUGAAGGGUUUGCAUAUUUGUGAUGAGAAAUAUAAAACUGCGGCUUAUGCACCAUAUGGUUUUAAAAGCUGGGUAGACCUAGAGCAUACCAUUUUCGGGAGGGAUUUCUCUUCUCUGUAUAUAUGGCUCCCAAAACCAGUGACACUCCAUCUUCCCUCCAACCAUCUUCCUCCAGCUACACUCAUUUUCCUUCCUUCCCUUAGUCUGAAAGGCAGGUCCCCUUAGACUUCACUCGACACAAACCCACACUGCAGAACUGACCCAAUGGUUCACUAGUUUACAAAAAGCCUUUGAGUUUAACUACACUUUAAGAGGCACCACCAUGGGGGCCAACAAUUCCUCCAUGCAAUAACGGUGCUACGGGCUUAAUCCGCGAUGCACCCCUACCACUUCUGAGUUUGUUCUCCCCCAAACUUGCAAAGAUGUAACUCUUCUUCCCUCCCUUUCCUAUGUAAUCCCUUUUCCUUGAUUAAUUUAAUUUGUGUUCCUUUACAUUAAUCACCAAAGAGAAUCACCACAGCCACGAUGUCUCUUGAUGUACUCAAUAUAACUUCUUGUACCUGACUCCAUAUGUAACAUUGGUAUACUUUGAUGUUUAUACUACUUGCACCUAUGUUUUGUGCUGUACAUUCAAGUUUUACACUUUUCCUUUUUGACAUCAAAAGAUUGUACUUUUUCUGAUAUGAACCCACCCUUCUUUAUUCUGUAAUCCCUAUUUCCAAUAAACCAAAAUUUGAAAAACUAUAAAUAAAGAAUUUAUAAAAAAUACAAAAAACUUGGGCAUUCUCUAUUGUCUGAAAUUCGGAAAAGAAUUUUGGCCAUUCAUUCAUCAGAAAGACAAAUGAAAGAAUAGAAAUUACAAAGAAUUAACAGUCUUCGAAAGAACGAAGAACGUUCAUGCAGUUUAUACUAAGUCUGUGCAAGAUGCAGCCAUGGCAUGGAUUGGAUCGGAAUUUCAUUACUGAAGUUCCGAACUAAAAAAAUGCCUGUAUUUCAUCCUAAGAUGAAUGGACAAACUGUACACAUUUUGUUAGGAAUGAAAUUCAGUGAAUUCGCUGGUGCCCUAGUCUAAAUGACAAGACAUAUAAACAGCAAAUGAAGUGAUGCAAAAACACAGAGGAGGGGUAAGUAUUGUGGGAAAAUUUCUUUAGUGUCCGAGGGACUUGUUCCGCUAUAUCCAAAUAAAGGAUUUUGCUCUUCUUCAAAGACCGAUGUGAAAGGGAGGUGGGGAAUAAAGGUCUGAUCACCACAUUAUACAACUCUAUCAGCUCUGAGCCCACGGAAUGGGAACCUAGCUUAUAUGUACCAAAGGGAAGCUGGGCUUGGGGAAGUAUAGGAAAGCAGGGAGCAGAAAAUCCUGCUCCAACUGUCAGAAUUUCCAAUAUAAUUAACCAGAUGUGUUAAGUAAAUGGAUGGCUCCAGCAAGUGCUGAUAAAACUUUAUUUCCAAAAUCAAAUAAAACGUAAUAAGGUGCCUCACCACCUCCAGCCUUCAAAUUCUCUCCCUGUGAUCAAGUGUAGUCCCUCCAGUACGCUGCCGGCACUAACAAUACCUCGGUCUGCAGAUACACGGGAACACUUCAGGGAGGCAGAAUUGGCACACGUGACGUGGUGACAUAAUCAGUGGAACGUACUGUGAUGACGCGUUUCACCUCAACAGCUUCUUCAAAUCACUACCAUAGUCCUGCUGUCCUUGCAAAUAUAAGUCCACCGACAGGGGUGUGGAAAUAUAAAGUCUUAAAUCCAUUGGGUCUAUUUUAAACAACAUGAAACAACUGACAGACCAGUCUUCCCAAAAUAAAUUAAACCCAUCCUCAGGCCUAAUGGGAGCAAUCAACUCCCUACAGAACUGCUUCCUGGAGCUAAACUCAGCCAAAACAGAUUAUCUAUUGCAUAGACUUAGGGCCACCAAAUACCAUGCUUCAGGGAAAACUAAUAAGGUACUGGCCAACAGACUCAGAAUGCAACAAACCGCAGCUAGGGUUGUGGACAUCUUAAGCCAGGAUGGAAUCAAAAAGAAGGGACCCCAGGCCAUAAGCCAGGAGUUUGUUACAUUCUACUCCUCCCUGUACAACCUGCAUGAUUACCUCAAAUUUCACACACCCUCUGAUCCUGAAAUUGACACCAUCCUAGAAUCAGUCCACAUACGUCACCUCAACCAAACCCAAAAAGAGACCAUAAUCCACCCGGUCACAACUGAUGAGAUACAAGAGGUCAUUAGGCACCUGCCAUCAGGCAAGUUCCCAGGGGCUGAUGGUCUUACUAACUCACACUAUAAAAAGUUCUCUGCAAUACUCACCCCCUACCUUGAGGAACUAUACAGUUCCACAGCAUAUGACCGGAAACUACCCCCAGAUAUUCUUUUGGCAACCAUAGUCACGAUACCCAAACCCGAUAAAGCGCCUGAUAUGUGCAAAAAUUACCUCCCAAUAUCCCUACUUAACACAGACACAAAGACAUAUGCAAAAAUCCUUGCUAAAUGCAUAGGCAAAUUAAUACCAAUGUUAGUGAAUGAUGACCAAACAGGCUUUGUACAGGGGAGAUAUCCAAAAGCUGGCACAAGUGCUUAGGAGCUUGAGGGAACCUGGACAGGGCGGUCUACUGCUGGCCCUUGACACUGAGAAAGCAUUUGACUGCCUCAGCUGGAAUUUCCUGAGAUGAAUGCUGAUCAAAUAUGGAUUCCUUGCUACCACUGUCCAGCAAAUCUUUGAACUCUACGACUCCCCCACUGCACAAGUGAUGCAGGGAGGCUUCAGGUCCAAACCAUUCUGUAUUACAAAUACGAAACAGGGGUGCCCCCUCUUGCCAUUGCUAUACGUCCUAGCAUUAGAAACUUUACUACAAACUAUUCGGGAUCACCCUAAUAUCCACAGAGCUCAACUGGGAACCACCCACGUCAAAAUUAGUGCGUUCGCAGAUAAUAUUCUGCUAUAUCUAAUGCACCCAGAGGAAUCCCUGCCAGCCUUACUAGAUGUGAUUACAGAAUACGGAGCGGUCUCCUACUAUACACUUAAUGCUACCAAAACCCAAGCAAUGCCUAUAGGUCUGCCCUCAAAUAUGCUGACCACUCUACAAGCCACAUACUCUUUUGACUGGAGGAUAGAUAGUAUAAAAUACCUGGGGAUCACUGUCACAAGGAACCCAGCUGAGUUGUUCUCAGCUAAUUAUAUUACGCUGUGGAGGUCCUGCAAACAACAGUUAUUGAAGUGGGCCCCAAUAUUCCUGUCAUGGUUUGAAUGCAUUAUAGCCCUCAAAAUGUCCAUUCUCCUGAAACUACAAUACCUGUUUUGAAUGCUGCCAUUAGAUAUCCCACCAACCUAUUUUAAGACUAUUAGAGCAGAUAUAAACCUUUUCAUAUGGGCAGGUGUUUAGUCUAGAGUCGCUGCUAAGAUCAUGCUGGCUCCGCUUAAACUGGGAGGGCUAGCGGUUCUAAACAUCUAAUUCUACUACCAUGGCUAUGGCUAUGCCACUUUUCAUCAAAACACUGCUCCCACAAUGGUUACACCACAAACUCGAUACCUUGAAAUCCCAUGAUUUUAUCAGUCUAAUGUGACUCCCGACUGAGAUCCGACCCAAAUGCCAGGCUGUUUCUCCCUUGAUUCAAUCCUUUCUUAGAAUUUGGGAUAUAUAUAUAUAUAUAUAGGGACAAACUAUGCCAUACAAACUUGAUUUCCUUAUCAACACCCAUCCACGCAAUCACCUUCUAUAUUCCCUCCUUCCAACACACCCCUUGGCUGAAGGCUGGCGCCACCCACCUAUUUCACCUAUACCACCAGGUUAGUGUGUUGACUUUUGAUGCCUUCACUAGACAAUUCUCACUACCACCGACUUCGCAUUACUCCUACAGACCGCUCAAAUCACUCCUGCCAUGUACACAACCUGCAGGUAUCCCCUCACAAAGAUCCACAAUUGAGAUAAUGGAGUGGGAACAACUGUGCAUAAACACUGCUCUUCCACUUCAUUGUAAACCCAUCUCCAAGCUACUUUCUGACCACUGGCUAUUCUAUGACUCCCUCUAUGCCAAACAGUGGGAAACCGAACUUGGAACCACAAUCCCACAAACCAAGUGGAAAAGAAUGAUAAACACCCCAACUGGCCUCAUCAAAUCCUCAACCCACCUAGAACAAUUCUGCAGAGUACUUUAUAGGUGGUACUUAGUUCCAUCCAAACUGCACAAAAUAUAUCCCAAUACCCCAUUACAGUGAUGGAGGUGUAACGGAAAUGAAGGCAUGAUGAUACAUGUUUGGUGGCACUGCCCGGCUCUCGAGCCAUACUGACACUUGGUUCAAGACCUUAUAGGAAAGGCGGCACCAGCAACCUUUCCUCUUGCUAGACCUAACUGAGUAUCUUAACAAGGCCACACAAAAGUUGAUAUUGCAUAUUAUUCUCACGGCCCAAUGCUUAAUUAAUAGAAUCUGGAAAUCCCCCACUCCCCCGACUCUCUCAGCGCUAAUAACGGACAUAGAUAAACAACGGGCUUACAAGAGAGGCCACCCCUCAGUCUUCUCCCGCACAACCAUUACCACAAAUGCCUGGUCCUUGUGGGACACAUGGAAAUCGGUGUCUAACUAGCCUAUCUAUGGAUGUGUGUGUAUAUAUAUAUAUAUAUAAAACAAUGUUUUUCUUGGCACUCACCCUUUCAAAUGUGUAGCUCAAUAUCGCCUGGGUGCAAUCCCAUGUAGAUAAAAUAUAUAGAGGAUAAAGAGAUGCACUCUCAGGACUUGAAAAAAUAGUUAAUUUAUUCCAGCAGGUAUAACAUCAAAGUUUGCCGACGUUUCGACCCAUUCGGGUCUUUCUCAAGGUCAAUGUACCUGUGCUUACAAGCCAUUUAUAUAGGACAUAAAAAGAAGUACUCACCAAUCUGUGAAAAAACCCCUGAAUCCCUCCGUGCACACCCGGAAGUGAAGCCGGAAAUAGAACCCGCGAUCACAUGAUCCAUGCAUAAGUGAUCAUGUGGUGUUGCUAAGAUACCGAUAGGAAAACAAUUAAUUAUAAGAUCGGUAAAUAUCUCAUAGAUGUGCAAGUGAAAUGUCUAAUAUCAAUCUAUUAAUGAAAUCUGAUUAAAGUGCAGAGUGCAUAAAUCCGCAAAAAUGCAGCCUAAUAUAAAAAAGUGAGCAAAGAUCAUAAGAUCAAAUAUACUGUGUAAAGUGUCACCAUAUAUCUAAAGAAGUGAUCAAAAAAAUAAAGAAUGUUAUGUUAAAAACAUUUCACCAACCAUGUCAAGUUUAGAAGGCAUUUAGCUGAAGCAAUCUAUAACAUCAAAAAACUAGCAGGAUAAAAAAGGGAAAAAAAGCCAUUAGAAUAAAGGCUCCAAAAAACCAAUAAGGAUCACAAAUAUACUUAGAGAAAAAGGAAACCAUAUGAUUAUUCAAAGAACAUUAUUAUUAAAGAAACAUAGAGAGCACAAUGUUUCGUUGAGUCCUCUUGGUGUCACUGUGUCCAGCCGAUGGAUCCAUUGUGCCUCACGUUGAAGUAGUUUCUUUGAUCUGUCACCCCCUCUGGACAUUGGGGGGACAUGAUCAAUAGCCGUGAAACGUAACAGAGGAAGUCUAUGUUGCAUAUGUAGGAAAUGUUUAGCGACUGGCUUAUCGCUAUAUUGAUCUCUAAAUGCUGUUGUUAUGGUCGACCGAUGUCCCCUUAUGCGGUCUCUCAACGUCAAGUUGGUUUUGCCAACGUACGAAAGUCCGCAAGGACAUGUGAUCAUGUAUAUCACAUGGUCAGUGGUACAAGUGAUAUAAUGAGAUAUUUUAAUUCUCUGACCGCUGUGGGGAUGAGCAAAGGUCGUGCCACUGACCAUGUGACUACAUGUCACACAUCCACUGCAUUUAUAGCAACCUUUCUUCACAAUACUCCUCGGUUUACGGUAGCAAAUUUCUGGGUCACUCUUCACCAGAAGGUCCUUUACGUUUUUAUUUCUUCUGUAACUGAUAACAGGGGAACUCAUGAAUGUAUGAGGUAGUGAUUUAUCUGAACGUAAUAUAUCCCAGAUAUAAUACAGAAACCGAAAAACGAAGAGCCCAAUUGGAAGAGAUGUGGGAUAGAUUUCGUAUGCGAGGUUAUCGUCCACAAACUCUCCAAAUAGCACAAACUAAAGCUUUGAAUAUAUGGAAUCAAGAAAGAUUGAAUGAUAAAACUAAGAAGGUACCAAAAGAACCAAAAAUUUAUCUUCCCAUGACUUUUCAUACUGGAACAUCGAAAAUUAGACAAUCUAUCCAAAGACAUUGGGAUAUAUUACGUUCAGAUAAAUCACUACCUCAUACAUUCAUGAGUUCCCCUGUUAUCAGUUACAGAAGAAACAAAAACUUAAAGGACCUUCUGGUGAAGAGUGACCCAGAAAUUUGCUACCGUAAACCGAGGAGUAUUGUGAAGAAAGGUUGCUAUAAAUGCAGUGGAUGUGUGACAUGUAGUCACAUGGUCAGUGGCACGACCUUUGCUCAUCCCCACAGCGGUCAGAGAAUUAAAAUAUCUCAUUAUAUCACUUGUACCACUGACCAUGUGAUAUACAUGAUCACAUGUCCUUGCGGACUUUCGUACGUUGGCAAAACCGACUUGACGUUGAGAGACCGCAUAAGGGGACAUCGGUCGACCAUAACAACAGCAUUUAGAGAUCAAUAUAGCGAUAAGCCAGUCGCUAAACAUUUCCUACAUAUGCAACAUAGACUUCCUCUGUUACGUUUCACGGCUAUUGAUCAUGUCCCCCCAAUGUCCAGAGGGGGUGACAGAUCAAAGAAACUACUUCAACGUGAGGCACAAUGGAUCCAUCGGCUGGACACAGUGACACCAAGAGGACUCAACGAAAACAUUGUGCUCUCUAUGUUUCUUUAAUAAUAAUGUUCUUUGAAUAAUCAUAUGGUUUCCUUUUUCUCUUAGUAUAUUUGUGAUCCUUAUUGGUUUUUUGGAGCCUUUAUUCUAAUGGCUUUUUUCCCUUUUUUAGCCUGCUAGUUUUUUGAUGUUAUAGAUUGCUUCAGCUAAAUGCCUUCUAAACUUGACAUGGUUGGUGAAAUGUUUUUAACAUAACAUUCUUUAUUUUUUUGAUCACUUCUUUAGAUAUAUGGUGACACUUUACACAGUAUAUUUGAUCUUAUGAUCUUUGCUCACUUUUUUAUAUUAGGCUGCAUUUUUGCGGAUUUAUGCACUCUGCACUUUAAUCAGAUUUCAUUAAUAGAUUGAUAUUAGACAUUUCACUUGCAUAUCUAUGAGAUAUUUACCGAUCUUAUAAUUAAUUGUUUUCCUAUCGGUAUCUUAGCAACACCACAUGAUCACUUAUGCAUGGAUCAUGUGAUCGUGGGUUCUAUUUCCGGUUUCACUUCCGGGUGUGCAUGGAGGGAUUCAGGGGGUUCUUCACAGAUUGGUGAGUACUUCUUUUUAUGUCCUAUAUAAAUGGCUUGUAAGCACAGGUACAUUGACCUUGAGAAAGACCCGAAUGGGUCGAAACGUCGGCAAACUUUGAUGUUAUACCUGCUGGAAUAAAUUAACUAUUUUUUCAAGUCCUGAGAGUGCAUCUCUUUAUCCUCUAUAUAUAUAUAUAUAUAUAUAUAUAUACAUAUAUAUAUAUAUAUAUAUAUAUAUAUAUAUAUAUAAUGUAUCUGUGUAACACAUACCACUUUUUCAAAGAGGAUAAGAGAGCAUCAACACAGCUGAACCCAAAAUCUAACUAUUGUCAGCUACCAGACAAGUGAGAAGGGGUUCUCUAAAUCCUUAAAUGAUAAAACGUCUACUAUGCUCUAUCUUUGUGAUCUGCGGUACUGUACUAUGUUGCAUGUUGUGCUACGCUGCAUGUUGUAUUAUGAUGUACGUUGUACCCCCACUAACUUACUACAAUUAGACAAAAUGCUGUACCCAUCUAGAGAUGCCUCGGCCCCCAGACUUGCCAUGGAUGUAUUACCAAUUGAUGUAUUAACAACUACAAAAACUGUGCUAUUGUGAUCUGCUUCCUCUCCCCCACCCCCGACCCCUCUCUCUUCUGUACCCCCCUAAAAUGUGAAAAGAAAUAAAAAUUUCUAAUGGGAAAAAAAAUAAAUUAGCCCACUAAGGUCUUUGUUAAUAUUCUCAUAUAUUCUUUUAUGUAGAGGACAAAUAGUUCAGCCCACAUAUUGUAAUCCACAUGAACAAAUAAAAAGAUAAAUUACAUCUUUACUUGAUAUAUAUAAAAUGUGUGUAUAUAUAUAUAUACACACAUACACACAAACACACACUGCUUGCAACUGUUAAGAUUCACAUUACCUCUCUCUUCUCUUACUUCAACACAGAUUGUAAAGAGUAUAUAACGUAAAGAAGAAAUGCUUACGCAAACUACACAAAUGAUGGGAAACAGUAGUUCUAUAUCAGAAGAUGAGGAAAGCAUACCCAGGUCUGGAAUGUUUUAUUAUUACUUGUAUACACAUCUACUAGUUACUGUGAUUUUACUUAUUACCGGUAUAUGUUACUGUGAUUUCAAUUUUUGAGGGGACUGUGUUUAAUGUUUAGAACCUACUCUUAUGUAACAUUAGUUACUGUAUAUUUUUGUAAAAAAAAACAUUUCAGCCAUAGCAAGAUUUCCAUUUUGUCAUUUUUUUUUUGUGAAUAUGCUUGAUAUAAUUAUUUUUUUUUCUAGGGAUGAGCAGACAGCCUGUGUAGAUGCUAUAGACAAGAGUUUGAUACUACAUUAUUCACUUAUCCCCUCGGUAAGUAAUAUAGCAUAGCACAAUAUUAUUAAUUUUUUUUCAUAGAUUAAUUGGUGUACGUUACACAUCCACCCCCGGUAAAUAUAUAGAAAUCAUCUUGAGUGGGUAUAGUUAAAUGCCACUUUCCCCUCAGCCCAGAUUACUUUAACCCCUUAAGGACCUAACUUCUGGAAUAAAAGGGAAUCAUGACAUGUCACACAUGUCAUGUGUACUUAAGGGGUUAAUGACCCUCCCAAGAUACCUGUUAAUGAGUUAGAUUACAGUGGGUUCCCUGUCCUCAUGGCCCACAAACAGUCCAGGAUUUAUGUAUUUUCCUUAUUUAUUCCAAUGGAGAUACUGACAAAACCUGGACUGUUGGGGGGCCAUGAGGACUGUUUUGGGAAACACUGAACUGGAAUAUUAGUAUAAUUGUAUGUAUGCCCACUUGAUAAAAGUGCUGAGUCAUAAUGUGCUUUUUUAUCUCAUAGUUCAGUUUACAAGUUAUUAAUUUGCAAUUUUAAUUCACAUUUAUGAUAUUUGGUACUGGGAUGUUUGUAAUCUUAUAGGUACCCAAACAGGCAGAGCAGGUUGAAGACACCAUGCUGCAAAUUGCUGCCCGCAUCUAUAGAACCCUUACAUUAGAGAAUCCACUUAAUGUAUUUCCUCCAAGCCAUAUCUUAUAUAUCAUAUCUGACUUCCCUGUAUCUCAUCAUACCUGUCAAUAUCACUCUACUAUACCCAAGUCAUCCACUUCUUUGCCAUCAGUCCAAUCCAAAAAUGAAUUAUUCACCUCACAAACGGUGCUGCUGUUCACUACCCAUACAGUACCCAUGCAAUCUUAAGAGUGGACAAAUGACUUCCAAUUCCCAUGCUAGUCCUGUGUCAUUUUUAUGUUAUAUACCACUUUCAGGAGAACCUUAUUUUGAGAAGCUGCCUUAUCUGACUUAACAGUGAAGUGUGAUGUGUCCAAUAUUAACUCUUGUUGUGCAGGUGGAUGCCUUAUGUGAGUUCAUAUUUAUAAACACAGUGUGAGGGAGCAAUACGACUGUUAGCCACCAGCCCAGCAGUGUUAGGUUAAACGGACAGCUUAAGAGCCAUAGUUACUUUAUCUCAAAGAGUAGAUUUUGGGAUGGUGAAGCUGCCUCAUGCCCCUAGUCUUUCAGAUAAAAACAAUGCUGUUACAGAGAAAUGGCACUGUUUACAUUCUACAAUUUCCAUCACUACUAGUGGCUGUCAUUGACUGAGAUACAUUCAGUUAUUCAGUCUAUUUAUUAAAAUAAAUAUCUAGUUUUACAUGCAAAGUAUGGCAAGGCUGGAUGUUACGUGCACCUUGUGCUUCUCUACGAUCAUAUAUGUAUGGAUGACAAUUGCCUUAUAUUGCAUCAUGUGUCCUCAUGGCUUCUCUAUGAGAAUCAUCUGAUUGAACAAAGAAUAUCAAGCUUGAUGGGUUCACAGAGGAAGUUUGGUCUGCAUUGGAAUAAAGGUAUGUUUACAUUUUUGUAUUGAUUCCUUUUUCAAAGGCCAGUCAAACUGUAUCCCAGCUGCCAUCAACAAAAUUAUGUAUAUACAUUGAUCAGCCACAACAUUAAAACAAAUGACAACUGACUGAAGUGAAGUGAGUAACAUUGGUUAUAUUGUUACAGUAGUAACUGUCAAGGUGUGGGACAUAUUAGGCAACAAGUGGACAGGAAGUUAUUGAAUUUGUUUUGGGAGCAGGAAAAAUGGGCAAAGUUCUGAGUGACUUUGAGAAGGACCAAAUAGUGAUAGCUAGAUGGCUAGGUCAGUGGAUCUCCAAAAUGGCAAGUUUUGUGGUGUGUUCCGUGUGUCCAAUGGUUAGUACUUACAAAAAGUGGUGCAAGGAUGGACAACCGGUAAAUCUGUGUCAAUGUGGGUGUUCAAGGCUCACUGAUGCACAUGGGAAGUGAAGGCUAGCCCAUCUGAUCCGAUCACCUACUGUAGCUCAAGUUGCUGAAAAACAUAAUGCUGCUCAUAAUAAAAAGGUGUCAGAAGACACAGUGCAUUGCAGAACGGUUAGAGUGCCCAUGUUGACGCCUGUCUACCUCCGAAAACACCUUCAAAGGGGACGUGAGCGUCACAACUGGACCAUGGAGCAAUGGAAGAAUGUUGCUUGGUCUGAUGACUCACAUUUCCUUUUUGAUCAGGUGACUGGCCAGGUUACAUAUAGUUACAUAGUUACAUAGCUGAAAAGAGACUUGCGUCCAUCAAGUUCAGCCUUCCUCACAUAUGUUUUUACUGUUGAUCCAAAAGAAGGCAAAAAACCUAGUCUGAAGUGCUUCCAAUUUUGCAACAAACUAGGAAGAAAUUCCUUCUUGACCCCAAAAUAGCAGUCAGAUGUCUCCUUGGAUCAAGCAGCUAUUACCCCACUGAUUAGAAAUUAUAUCCCUGUAUGUUUUGUUUUUUCAAGUAUUUAUCCAAUUGCAGUUUAAACAUCUGUAUGGACUCUGAUAAAACCACCUCUUCAGGUAGAAAAUUCCAUAUCCUUAUUGCUCUUUUAGUAAAAAAACAUUUUCUUUGCCUUAGACGAAAUCUCCUUCCUUCCAGCCUAAAUGUGUGAUCUUCUGUCUUAUAUAUAGCCCUGUUUAUGAAUAGAUUUCCAGAUAAUGGUUUGUAGUGGCCCCGAAUAUAUUUGUAUAAUGUUAUCAUAUCUCCUCUGAGGCGCCGUUUUUCCAAACUAAAGAGAUUAAAUUUUUUUUAACCUUUCUUCGUAACUAAAAUGCUCCAUUCCUUGUAUCAAUUUUGUAGCCGUCUCUGCACUUUUUCUAGUGAAAUUAUAUCCUUCUUUAGAACAGGUGCCCAAAAUUGCAUAGCAUAGCGAUUUAUAAAGAGGCAAAAUUAUAUUUUCAUCCCGAGAAUUUAUGCCACUAUUUAUACAUGACAACACCUUAUUGGCCUUAGCAACUGCAGAUUGACAUUGCAUAUUGCUGCCUAAUUUGUUGUCUAUAACAAUUCCCAAAUCCUUCUCGUGUGUGGUUAUCACUAAUUCACUACCAUUUAGGGCAGGGGUUCUCAAUCCCUGAUUUAGGGUGUAAGUUGCUUGGGCAUUCUUGACCCCGAAGUGCAUAACUUUGCAUUUCUCUACGUUAAACUUCAUCUGCCAUUUUAGUGCCCAGUCCCCCAAUCUAUCCAAAUCCCUCUGCAGCAAAGCAAUAUCCUGCUCACACUUUAUUACUUUACUAAGUUUUGUGUCAUCUGCAAACACUGAAACAUGGCUUUCAAUGCCUAUUUCAAGAUUAUGUAUAAAUAUGUUAAAUAGAAGCGGUCCCAAAACAGAAACCCGAGGGACACCACUUACCACUUUUGUCCAGCCUGAAAAUGUACCAUUAAUGACAACUUGUUGUACUCUAUCCUUAAGCUAAUGUUCUACCCAAGAACAAGAAUAAUCAUUGAUACCAAUUUCUUUUAGUUUGAAGACUAACUUAUUGUGAGAAACCAUAUUAAAUGCCUUAGCAAAAUCCAAGUAGAUCAGAUCCACUGCAAAACCCUGAUCUAUACUUCUACUUACUUCUUCGUAGAAUGCAAUUAGGUUAGUUUGACAUGACCUAUGUUUCAUAAAACCGUGCUGAUUAUUGCUAAUAACAAAGUUCUUCCCAAUAGAUUCCUGAAUAUUAUCCCUUAAUAGCCCUUCAAAUAUUUUCCCAGUUACAGAAGUUAAGCUCACAGGUCUAUAAUUCCCAGGCAAGGAUUUUGAACCCUUUUAAAAUAUAGGAAUGACAUCAGCCUUCGUCCAAUCCUCUGGUACAAUACCUGAAACAAAAGAAUCUUGAAAAAUUAAAUACAGAGGUUCACUUAGCUCCUAAAGUACUCGUGGGUGAAUCCCGUCAGGCCCCAUAGCUUUAGUUACAUUAAUUUUCUUUAACAGCUGUAGCACCUUGUCUCGAGUCAUCCAAUCACAAGUUAUCUGCAAGUUUUUUGCAGCAAUCAUUUGCAUAUCUCUUGCCAUAGGAUCCUCAUUAAUACAUGCUGAAGAAAAAUAGUUAUUUAAAAUUUCUGCCUUUUCCUGGUCUUCAUUAGCUAACAGGCCCAUCUCUGUUUCCAGUAUACCUACACUUUAAUUUUUUUGUAUUUUUUUUUUAGAAUUGAUGUACUUAAAAUUUGGGGUUGGUUUUGCAUUCUUUAGGUAUUAAUUUCACAUUUUCUAGUUUAUCCACUUUAAUUGCCUUUUUGCAAGCAUUAUUGGCCCUUAUUUGUCCGAUUUAAAUGCCCUUUUCUUAUUUUUAAUCUCUUGUCUUACUUCUCUGCUAGGCCACAUUGGUAUUAAUUUGUUUCUUUUUUAUUAAGUUACCACUGGUACAUACUGAGAAAUGUACCUUUCUAAUAUUUGUUUGAAUAGUUUCCAUUUAUCCUCAGUGUUUUUUUCACUAAGGAGUUUAUGCCAGUUGAUAUGUUUUAGAGCUGCCCUAAUCUUAUUAAAUUGGCUUUUUUAAAAUGAUAUGUUUUAGUAUACAACACUUGCUUUUGCUUUUUUGAGUUUAUUAAAAAAAUUACCAUAUUGUGAUAACUAUUUCACAAAUGCUCCCCUACUUGAAUGUUGGUCAAAAGUUAUAACGAGAUCCAGACAAGCACCAUUUCUAGUUGGUGCUUGUACCAGUUGUGACAUAAAUGUGUAAUUUAACAUAUUCAAAAACCUGAUUCCCCUUGCUGAAGUACUAGUCACUCUAUCCCAAUUUUACAACAUGACAGGAGGCUUUGUAUUUUGCAUAAUCUUUCUUUACUAGCUCCACACAGCAGCAAAGAAACACAUAUAAAAAGAACCAAUCACAAGAGAGUAGGAUGUACAUAAGGCAUAGUGACCUCAUCACUCCCUCUUUCUUUGCUACUCCAUCAAGCAGACAGGUCAGAGUAUUACUCUUUUCCAUUACUUUAUGUUUAUAUUGCCUCUUUUGAGGUUGUUUCUGUUUAUUUUUUAAUAUACUUUGCUGUUUGUUCUUGCUGUGCUUCUGAACUAUGUGCCUCUGUGUUUUUCUAUGUUAUUUAUUGUGUUUCUACCUUAUUCUUGUUAUUUGCCAUCUCCCCUCCUUGCUCUCACUUCUCUGGGGUUUGAGGGGCUUUUGGGUCUUACUGGGAUUGCAUGUUAAUGUUGAAUUAGGCCAUUAUAUAUAUAAGCUGUUAAUAGGGAUUUCACCCAUGUAUUAACUAUUAACUAUUAGAGCAUUGAUUAGGGCUUUCUGUCAGGAUUGUGGCCUACACUCAAGGGUGAGCCCCCUACUGUAUUUUUACUGCACUGAGCUACUGAGUGGAGACAUGCUGUUACAGCCUCUGUUAACUGCUGGACAGGAUUUCCAGGACAUACUGCUUAAAGGACUAUCUACCAUUCUCCCAUAACUUUGAAUUAACCGAUUGAGCACAGAUUAGUGCUCUCUGUCAGGGUUGGUGCCAGCACUCAAUGGUUCAUACCCUGUGCACCUGAAGUGAGGCCCCUACUGUAUUUAUAAUUCACUGUGCUACUGUAUGGAGACAUGCUGUUACAGCCUCUGUUAACAUCUGGAUAUGAUUUCCAGGACAUACUGCUUAAAGGAAUAUCUCCCAUGACGGUGCAUUAAUUAUUGGAAGAGCUAAGGGAAGCUCUCUAUCAGGCUGAUGGCCAGCACUUAAGAGUUCAUACCCUGUGCACCCGGGGUGAGGCCCCUACUAGAUGUGCACUGCAUUACUGAAUGGAGAUGUGCUAUGACAGACACUGUUAACUGCCGGACAGGAGUUUCAGUGCUCAAGGAAUAUCUCACUCGACAACUAAUUUAAUUGUUGGAAAACUGAUUGUUGUGCUAUAUCGGAGCUGUGGCCCGCACUUAAGGGUUCAUACCCUGUACACCUGGGGUGAGGCCCCUACUAUAUGUGAGCUGCACUAUUAGGCUGAGGGAAGACAUUCUGGGGCAACCUCUUUUAACAGCUGGACAGGAUUUUCAACACUUCAUGCUUGAAGGACUAUCUUCAUCGGCGGUGAGUCAUUGUGGAGAACUUAUUUAUGCUCUAUAUCAGGGCUGUGGCCAGCACUUAAGGGCUCAUACCCUGUGCACCCUGGAUGAGACCCCUAGUAUGCGUGCACUGCACUGGAAUGCUGAAUGGAGGCAUGCUGUUGCAGCCUCGACUAACUGCUGAACAGGAUUUCAGCUCUGCCUGCUUAAAGGCAUAUCUUCCUUGACAGUGAAUUAAUGGUGGGAGAACCGAUUGACGCUCUCUAUCAGGGCUGUGCUCCUAGGGUAAGGCCCCACUAUAUGUGUGCUGCACUGUGCUGCUGAGUGGAGGCAUGCUGUUGUAACCUCUUUUUACUGGGUGAGCCCCAGUCUAAUUUAUUUGGCCAUGAUUCAGAGUACAACCUGUAAGGGUUUCUGUGAGCACUGCCUACUACUAUGGUAGGCUGAUCUGUUUGCCCUGCAUCCUGUGCCGGUCUAUUGGUUUGUACCUUAUACAGGGGUAUCCCAUACUACGAUGAACCUACCUGCCAAUUUCUUUCUGGGAGAUCCCCAGGUAACUAAAGGUGACAGUGCCUCGCAUGCUACUGACCGAGGAGACACGGAAAUUACCCUGGACCCUACUGGUCACUGGCUGUGUAACCUACACAUCCGUCACUCACAUUCAAGAGACUGGUCCUCUGUCGAUCACCUGGCUACUUUAUGCACCUGUGGCUUUGUAGCCUCUAGAUAGAGAUGUUCAUAACCGCUUGUGGUCGGACAACCCAUGCCCUUCCCUCCCGGACAGAGCGGCACAGACGACUGUGCUUGAUCAGCGGAUGAUGUCUGUCAUGGUUCUGGGUGACCGCAUACAGGAAAAGUCUUAGAGACACCCAAGACUAUCUGCUGGAUUCUAUCGACCCUAUCAUGGGUAUGAUGCCAGACGCCGCCAACACCAUCCGGUGAAUGGGCUCACAAUAGUCGUGAAUGGGCUCAUAAAUGUUUCUGUUUUUGUCAGAAACCCCAGUGUUCGCCUUUCCUAUGGGAUGCGUAUAGCUGCACUCCUCUGUAUUGACGGAUGGUUGGCGGAUCUGGGCACCAAAUCAUUGGGACCCCAGGCACAAGGCACACCAAUUCCUCAGGGAACUUAUUGCACCUGUUUAUGAUCUCGCUACCCUCUUAAAGACAUAAACCUUCAAGGGAAGGUGUUACGUGGUUACCUUUAUAAGGGGUGUUCUUUGGGUCCAGUCGACAGCGGGGCUUGUCACCAACCACUUAGGGACAUCUGACCAGGUACCCCGAUAUCGCUAACUCUAUUACCCAUAUAGAGUGAAAGUCAGCCUCUGGUGCUCCAGAUGAUCGUACAGAUGUGCUAGGUACCGUUUUCGUCAGGGGAGCGCCCCCUAGGGUAUCAUUGAUUUACUUUCUACUACACCCACAGGAGAUUCCAACGCAUCUUGGUGGAAGGCAUGCAAACCUAAUAAGGACCCCUUUCGCGUAGACGACUGGCUUGCGAAACUGGAUUUGAAGACACGUCAUGGUGUUUGUUUUUUCCAUUUCUCUUGGCGACGCUAUCUAGGUUUCCUGUGACACGAUCAACCUCAGCUCUUCACCUGAUCCCUCAGCUUGGAUCCUUGGGGGCAUCAUUAAACUAUGGAAACCAAUGUUUAAUUACAUGCGGGGGAGGUGAGGCAUUAUCUUCCUGGACAAUCUCCUUCGGUUCGAUCCAGGGAACUGAAGACUUCGUCAACACCCACGAUUCUCCGAGGUCUGACUGGAACCAUUGUAUUUCGUAGUGGAUGAUCCACUUUUUAAGAUUCGUAAGUGACUCGGCACCUUAAACACAGAGGCUCCCCCUCUUUAUUCAAAGGUCUCCUCUAUCCUCAAGGAAUAUUCACAUGGUCCUCCACUGCAACAUAACCCUACACAUUGCAUACCUAGAAUUCUUCGGGCAAUACUUCACUAUCCAUAGAUUGGUAAAGAAGUACUCCAUCUGUUACAUCCUACUACAGAUUGACAGAGCGUCGACAGUCCGGUAUACCAUUUGCCUGGAUGGAACCAACUCCCGUCUUCUGUCAGACAUCAUGAAAGGCAUCUUCGAUUCCUGCCUUCCUUGCAGAAUCCUGAGGUUGGACUGUCUCCCGGGGGAGACUCAUAUCAGAGGUACCGCCAGAAUGCGGUGUUCUUCAAUUGCCACAGUGCACAACGGUGCACGAUGGUGAUCGCACUCCGGCCAACUGAGCCCCCCCAUAUGUUUUCCCCUCCUUGCAAUGUUUGCAAAAAAUUCUCCAUCAUCUUGUUGUUCAGCGAAUAACACCGCCUUUGCCAUUCCACUGUGACAGAAUCAACCUUGUUUCCUGGACCUUACGGAAUGGACAGGGGAGGAUCUCCUCCUUCUACAUUCAUGUCCUACUAUUUCUCAUGGAGGGAAUCCACAUGUUCUAUUCCUAGGGGGUCGGCUGCCCUGGUGGCCUGGACUCUUUUUGGGGUUCUUAGCAGAUCAGCGGACUAACGCAGGCUGCUGGGGGCCUCUCGGAAGUCUCUUGGGCCCCAGGGGCGUGACCACCCUUAUAGUAAGCUAAAGCCCAUCUCCUUUCUAUCCUAUCGCCAUUUUCUAGAUUGCUUUGACCCUACCCCCCUACUACCAGUUUAAAUCUCCUCCUACCUUCUAGCCAUCCUAUCCCCCAGUGUGUUUAUGCAUUGUUUACCUGGGAAAGAGAUGACAGGAGGGUGCACCGUGGGAAGAAAGCAGUCUGACAGAGGCCUUGGGUCCUGGAAUUCAUGUGGAUGUCACUUUGACACGCAUCACUUACCUAUAGAUUGUUGCAUAUCAUAUACACCCCUUUAUAGCAGUGGUCUUCACUGAUUGCAGUGGCCUCUUUCAACAGGAUUAUGUACCCUGCCACACUGCAAAAUUGUUCAGGAAUGGUUUGAGGAACAUGACAAAACGUUCAGGGUGCUGCCUUGACCUCAAAAUUUCCCAUAUCUCAAUCCGAUUGAGCAUCUGUGGGAUGUGCUGGAAGAACAGAUCUAAACCAUGGAGGCCCCACCUCGCAAUUUGCAGGACUAAAGGAUCUGUUACAAAUGUCUUGGUGCCAGAAACCACAGGGCAUGUUCAGGGCCAUUCUAAUUAUAAUUGCAGCCCCAGAGGGAACUACAUACUAUUAGGGAGAUGGUUUUAAUGUUAGGACUGAUCAGUGUAUAAUAGAGGAUCAGUUACAGAAAUCUGUGAAGGCAGGCUCUACUUUAUCAUGAUCCUACUGCCACUAAGAAAGCCUCGUCACAUUUCUUCACUAACUCCACCGUCCAUUGUGCAACAACUGCUCAGUAAACACACUUUUAUUCUUUUCAAAUGGAUGAACUGAUGGAUAUCACAACAGAGGUCUUUAGCUCUAACAUAAACCAACCCACUGGGAAGUUUCAUGGUAUCCUAUUAGGCCAGUCUCUUGUUCUUUCAAUUACUAUUUUGCUUCCCAUGUAACACAGCAAGUUUAAGUCAUUAAAAAGAUUCUUGCAAAAGCACAGACAUUCAGUUUACCACCAGCUAGACCACAAGUUACAGCAUGAAGGUUCAUGGGUUGUACAUAUUCAUUGUCCCCUAGAUAUUCUGGGUUGUCUAUCACAAUUACACAUCAUUAUUAUUUAUAUAGCGCCAUCAGAUUCCGUAGUGGUGUACAAUGCAUUACAUAACUCUUAUUAUUACACAAACUUCUAUUUCAGUACAAGGAUUUAGUAAACCUGCUGAUUUGUGUGUAUUUGGACUUUUUACUUAGCAGCUGCUUUUUUUUAUAAAUUGAAGAGUAUGUUCCUUCAAUUUAUAGCAGCAUCCACCACAAAAUAAUGAUAAUAUGGCAAAUAUAUUAUUAAACUGCUUCAUUAAGUUCAUUAAGUUUUUUUUUUUCUUCUCUCUCACUAAAAUAGAAAAUAAGAAAGGGUUUAUAAUGGAGUAAGAUAACAGGCACGUUUGUAAUUAAUGGUUGAAAAACAAUUUCUAAAAUUUGCUAUGUAAAUGGAUACUAAGAUAUAACAGGGUGUUAGAAUUUUUUUGAUAAUAUUAAAGCUAGAGUUUAUGCACUGAGAAUGCACUUGAUACUUAAGAACAAAAAAAAUAGCAAUAAGAUAUAAGUAAAUGGUUAAAAGUUUGAAUAUAUAACACUGGAUAAUUGAAAGAUAAAAUGCAUGUAUACAAAUAUUUGGACUAGAGAAUGCACACUGAAAAAACAAUACACAAAAUGUUAUGGUAUAUACUUGAGCAUGAAAUCAGGAUCUAGUAAAUUAAAUAAUUUGGGAUAAGUAUUGGAAUCGCACAAAAACAUAAGAUAAAAAGAAAAAGAGAAAGGGAGGGGAAGGAAAAGAAAAAAGAAGAAAUAGAUUAAGAAAAUAAGUUAUUAGAUUUAUUAGGUUAAAAAAUCUUAUUCACAUGUAAAUUUGAUCAAUUUGGUGACAAAAAAAAGCAUUUCCUUGCUCAUUAAUAGAAAAAAAAUUCUCUAAAUUAAAAUAAGAGAAAUAUACAAUUUGUGGAUACAAAUUUAGUUAUACUCCCUCUCCACCAUUCCUAUUUAUAUAAUGAGUUAGUAGCUAAAUAAAUAAAGAGGCUCUUGAGGUCUCUAUCUUGUUCCUUCCGCGGGACGGGUGUCGUCCUCCAUAGGGUACACAAGAAGGUACCCAGACCUUGGAUUACAUUGGGUUAGACGGAUUAAUGAACAAAAUGGUAAAUGAUUAGACUUAUUUCCUUAAAUGCACAAGGUCUAAACUCCCAUGUUAAAAGAGGUUUUUUAUAUGAUGCUAUGAUUAGAGAGAAUGUUAAAGUGGGAAUUAUUCAGGAGACUCACUGGUUGACUAGAAAUAAUCAUCUAUGACACUAUAAAAAAUUUCCAAUAGUUUAUACUGCAUCCCAACAGAAGAAAAAAAAAUGUGGAGUAUCUAUUAUGUUUUCUAAAGAUACAGUAUUUGUGUGUCAAUAUCAAAAUGCAGACACUGAAGGGAAAUACUUAAUUCUUGUAGGCCUUUUAAACGGAGUAAUGUAUACAUUUGUAAAUGUAUACUUACCAAAUAAACAUCCGAAUAGGCAAUUAAAUAAGAUCUUAAGGUCAAUGGAACAGGUUUAAAAAGGGAAAGUAGUGGUAGAAGGGGAGUUUAAUUGCAUACUUGAUCCUACUAUGGACAAACAAGUUCUCGACAACCAAAAAAUAAGUCAAAAUUUAAUAAAACAAGCUAAAGAGAUGAAUAAAAUAGUAAAUAAAUUUGAACUAAUUGACUGUUGGAGAUUAUUGCAUGCAAAUGAGAAAAACUAUACUCAUAGAUCUAUCCCCCAUGGCUCAGCAGCAAGACUUGAUCUGAUUCUGGGUGAUAAUAACUUUUCUAAAUUUUUAACUUCGAUUAAUAUAAAAGAGAAUACUUGGUCUGAUCACGAUCUAUUGAUAGUAGAAGUUGCAGAAGGGAUAAAAAAAAUUCUGCCAAUAUGGAGACUAGAUGAUAACCUUCCAGGCUCAAAGGAAAAUAUUGGUUCUAUGACUAACCUGAUCGAUUUAUUUCUAAAAGAAAAUUCAACAGACGAUAUUACUAAAGAAUGUCUUUGGUGUACAUUUAAAACAGUGAUAAGAGGUUACUGGAUUAAGUUAGCGAGUCAACAAAAAAUGAAAAGAGAGACCAAAUUAUCAUAUUUCUAUAUAGAAUAUUAUAACUUAUCAACUUUAAACAAAAAUAAUUUCUCACUUGAGAGAUUAGAAAAGAUUAAGAGCUGCCAGAUAAAUAUAAAUAAACUAAUUGAGGCUAGAAUUCAAAGAAAUCUAAAUAAGUUGAAAAUAAACUUCUACUAUAAAAAUAAUAAAGUAGAUUCUAUAUUAACAAAUAGAUUAAAAAAACAAAAUCUGGAAAGGAAAAUUCAUAAAAUAACAGUAGAAGGUGAAAAUAUUAUAAAAACGGAAGAUAUAGCAGAGGAAUUUAGAAAAUAUUAUGAAAAACUAUAUAAUCUAAAUUUAAAGCCACCAAUAACGGACAUGGAGAGAUAUUUAUCGAAGAUAAAGAUGACGAAAAUUUCUCUGGAUCAGAAAAAAAAAAAUAAGUUAUUUACACCAGAAGAAAUUGAGCAGGCAAGUAAGAACUUAGCAAAACAAAAAGCCCCGGGCCCAGAUGGAUAUACCAACCAAUUCUAUAAGAAGUUUAAACAUCAAAUUAUCCUUUUGCUAACAGAAACUUUUAAUGAAAUAUCUAAAGCAGGCUAUGCCUCGGCUGAUUUUUUUAAGAGCACAUAUCAGCCCGAUAUUAAAACCGAGUAAAUCCCCUACAGAGUUAUCAAAUUAUCGCCCGAUAUCAUUAAUAAAUGUUGAUGUAAAAUUAUAUUCUGCUAUAUUAGCAGACAGGCUUCAAGCAGUAUUGCCGGAUAUUAUUCAUAAGGAUCAAAUAGGUUUUGUGGCAGGAAGACAAUCUAAUAAUAACACUAGAAGAAUGAUAGAAAUAAUGGACUGGGCUCAGUCAACAAAGGUACCCCUGCUGACCCUGUCGAUUGAUGCCGAAAAGGCUUUUGACAGGCUCAGAUGGGACUUUUUAAAACAGACUAUGCUAAAAAUGGGAUUUGAAGGUUGGUUUAUGGGAGCAGUGGAGGCCCUAUACUCGGUGCCAUCAGCCAGAAUAGUGAGUAGAGAUUUAAGAUCUAGAUGGCUUAAUAUUCUUAAUGGCAAGAGACAGGGCUGCACACUCUCACCACUUUUAUAUAUUAUGUCAGUGGAACCUUUAGCAUGUAAAAUAAGACAAAGCACAGGUAUAAAAGGGAUUUCUAUCCCAAAUGAAGAGUUUAAGAUCUGCCUUUAUGCAGAUGAUGUUAUACUGACAAUUACAGAGCCUGAACAAUUGUUACCGUUAUUAAUGCAGGAGAUACUACUAUAUGGCGAGGUUUCCAACUAUAAAAUGAAUAUUAAUAAAACACUGGCAUUAACAACAAAUAUAGGAAACUUGCGGCUAAAAAUGCUAAAACAAAACUAUUCAUUUAACUGGUCAAUUACACAGCUUCCAUAUUUAGGCAUUCUACUGACAACAGAUGUGGCUUGUUUGAUGGAAAUUAAUUUCUUAAAUCUAUUAAAAGAAACAAAUAGAUUAUUAAAGGAAUGGAGGACCCAUGAAAUAUCAUGGUGGGGCAGAAUCAACACGAUUAAGGCCUACAUUGUCCCAAAAUGGAUCUAUUUGUUCCGUAUGAUUCCUCUUAAAGUUCCAGUACAUUGGUUAAAUUUAAUUCAGAGUAGUUUUACAAAUUUCAUAUGGAAGGCUAAGAAACCUAGAAUUAAUUUGAUAAUAUUAGCGAAUAAACCACAUCGGGGAGGUAUGGGAUAUACGUUAAUAAAAAAUACAUAUAAAGCAAUUAUAACAAUGCAUGCCUUGAACAUACAAGCUACAGACUGCAAAGAGCAAGCGUGGUGUAAACUACAAGCAUAUAGAGAAGGCAUAGCCAAUUUAGAAACAACACUAUGGGCAAAAACCAGGAAAAGGACUAAUUCUACAGAAUAUAAAUCCAGGAUCAUUUUACAAACAAUAAAUGAAUGGUAUACUCGAAAAAGAAAACUGGGAAUUGUAGAUUUAAUUCCUGACACCAUCUAUCUUAGAACUGUGGAAAAUAUUAUGAUCGAUAUAAACCUGAAAAAUUGGUAUAGGGACCCAGAUAUAUGUAUUAAAAUAUCUAUCUUAAUGACCAAAUAGAAGACUUCCCUAGUUUAAAAUCAAGAUUGAAUCUACCCUCCAGAGAAAUUUUUAACUUUAAGAGCUUUCUAAAGAACCAUCUCAUAAAUUAUAACGGGGAGAAAGGAAAUGUAAUUAAAAAGAUUCUCUCUAUAGAUACUACAAAAAAGAAAUAUUCUCUAAUACUUGAUUUACUAAACUAUAUUAAUUGAGUAAAUACCCCCACAGCUUUUAAAAAUUGGGAGAGAGAGCUAGACACCAAGGUCGAUUUCAACUUGUGGUACCUUGCUUUUCUUAAAAUCAAAAAAUAUAUUCAUUGUCUAAAUGUAUUGGAAAAUUUUUAUUAAAGUUAGUUAUAGAUGGUAUAUGGUUCCAAAGAAAUUGAAUCAAAUUUCUCAGAAUAAUCCCCCCAACUGCUGGAGAUGUUUUAACUUGGUUAGUUCUAUGACACAUAUAUGGUGGAACUGUCCCAGAAUUCAACCACUAUGGGACCUAACAUUUAAAAUAAUAACGGCAAUAAGCAAUAUCCAAUUAAAUUUUACUCCAGAAAUAGCCCUAUUCCACAUGUAUAAUAAUAAAUUAGACAAGAAAAACGAAAUACUAGUCAUUCAUUGCCUUAUGGCUACUAAGUUGCUGAUCGCAAAAGCUUGGAAAAAACUGAUAUCCCCAAUAUAUACCAACUAAAGGCCCAAAUUCAAAACCAAUUGGAGAUGGAAAAGGGAGUAAUCUGGUAUACUGUUCAUAAAAAUAACAUAUUAAGUGAGGUGUACAAUACUCUGAUAACAGAUAUCAAUCUUAUGGAGGGAUAAAAAAAAAAUAGAGAAGAAAAGGAAAAAGAGAAGGGGAGAAAGGGAAAAAAAAAGGAAAAAGGUGAAUGUGAGAGAGGAUGAAUAGGAAGGGAGAAGGAAAAAAGAAAGGGAGAAUAAAGGGAAGGAAGAAGGGGGAGAGAAGAAGGGAGAAAGAAGGAGUGGAAAGAGAAAGAGAAGGGAAAAAAAGAAAAGAAAGAGAAAAAGAGGAAAUAAGAUAGAGUUAAAAGGAAAAAUACAUAUGCAAGGUUAUAAGAACUAACCCAAAUUAAGUUGUCUGUAUGGAUGAGAAAUAAUCACAGAAAAGAUAAAAAUGCACGGGUAAUAAGAUAUACUUAUAAGAAACAAAUAAAAGUAAAAAAAAAAGGAAAAGGAAGGGGAAAAAGAAAAAGUAAAAAAAAAGAGAAACGAAAGAGAGAUUUAAUAACAAGAAAUUAAGAAAAGGUAAAUCGAUAAGCCCUCAAUAUUAGGGUCAUCUUACAUAAGUAACUUGCACUAUUGUAUAGAUAUGAAUGCGACUAUAACAACAUCAUGUAUAAUGGUUAUAAUUGUAAUGCUGUUUCCAUCUGUGAUUAUGGUAUGUUUAUUGCGAUGUUUGAUUCUAGAAUGAAUCAUCAUUAUUUUCUGUUGUUUGUAUAUCUAUGUUAAAUGUUUUAUGAUACAUAAUUUAAUUUAAAAAAAAUUACAAUAAAAAAUAAAUAAACUGCUUCAUUAAGCACCAAAACAACUCUAGCUUAAUGAAGCAGUAUUUGUGUAUAUCUCUGCAGUCUCAUUGCUCAAUUCUCUGCCGUUUACGAGUUAAAUCACUUGUGCCUCUGUUUAUGCAGCCCUAGCCACACCUUCCCAGACUGUGACUCGUGCAGCCGACAUAAAAAAACAAAACAUUUUCAGUGAGCACAGGGUUAACAGAGGAGGCUAUUAACAGAGCAGGAGAUAAUAAAUUCUAAAUUAAGCAGAGUGUGCAAUAAAAUAAAGUUAAAAAUUAGAUCUCUCUUUGCAGAAAGUGUGUAGGGAGACUGUGUAAGUCACAUACAGGGAGGUUUGGCAAGGCAGCAUAAACAAAGUGAUUUAAUGCCUAAAUGGAGGGAAAUUGAGCAGUGUUAAGCUGCAGGGGCAUGAUCUAUACACCAAAACAAGUCAUUGAAUAUGCUGUGCAAUUUUGGGCACCUGUUCUAAAGAAGGAUAUUAUGGCACUAGAAAAAGUGCAGAGGCGGGCUACAAAACUAAUAAAAGGAAUGGAACAUAUCGGCUAUGAAGAAAGGUUAACAAAUUUAAACCUAUUUAGUUUAGAAAAACGUUGCCUGAGAGGGGAUAUGAUAACAUUAUACAAAUAUAUUCGGGGCCAAUACAAACCAUUGUGUGGAAAUCUAUUCACAAACCGGACUUUACAUAGGACACGAGGCCAUGCGUUUAGACUGGAAGAAAGAAGAUUUUGUCUAAGGCAAAGGAAAGGUUUUUUUACUGUAAGAACAAUCAAGAUGUGGAAUUCUCUGCCUGAAGAAGUGGUUUUAUCAGAGUCCAUACAGAUGUUCAAACGGCUACUAGAUGCAUACUUGCAAGAACAGAAUAUUCAAGGAUAUAAUCUUUCAAUGUAGGGUAAUAACUGCUUGAUCCAAGAAUAAAUCUGACUGCCAUUCUGGGGUCAAGAGGGAAUUUUUUUCCUAGCUUGUUGCAAAAUUGUGCUUCAAACUGGGUUUUUUGCCUUCUUUUGGAUCAACAGCAAAAAACAAAUGUGAGGUAGGCUGAACUUGAUGGACGCAAGUCUCUUUUCAGCUAUGUAACUAUGUAACUAUGUAACUAUGUAACUAUGUAAUUAGGCUAAAGGUCUUUUGGUGCUUAUAGUGCCUCUAGUGUAACCUGCAUUAUCUUAUAUACUGUUAAAAGUAAUACAUGCAGAUUUAAACAAUGCAUUUUAUUUUCAUUGUCACAAUACAUAUUACAUAUAUUACAUAUUUGCUUCUUUUUUUUAGAUUAUUUUGAUUUUGAUUUUGUCCUUCCUCGAAAGACAAAAAAAACGGACUAGAAUAAAUGACCAAAGUAAUCCUCUUCAUGGACUGUUUGGAUUUGUUGUGUACGUAAAGUUUCAUAGUAUUUUAUAUUAAACUGUUAAUACAGUUAUUUUGAACUAUUAAUAAUAAUAGAGCUCAGCAAAUAAUGAAAUAAACAAUGUUUUCUUGCUAAUUCAAGUGACAAUAUAUUCUGAAAACGUUCUUGGCACUUGAAAUACCAAGAAUGAUGUUGGUCAUUCAAGAGUUUGAACCCAUAUACAUGUGAAUCAAAAACAAAUUAUCCAGAAUUAAAGCAAAUCACGUUUAUUGAUAGAUCACUUUAAUAAUGAUGAUUCAGUAGAAUGUAAUCACACACAAAAAAGUGUUUCAGUGAAAAAAAAGAGAGAAAAUAUUUACACAAUUCCAGCUAUACAGAGCCAUAGACUACGCCUGAGAAAACAUAAUCAAAAAGAUGUCUGUCUCUCAGAAUUCCUGUUCCAAUACAAGUAAAUAUUACUCCUCAAUGAACUGAUAUAAAAUAUGUAAUCAAUAAACCGGCCUGAAUAAUAUAAUUGAUUAUUUUGUCAAAAGUGUUAACUAACACAAUAUGUCAGUGAAUCUCUACUCUAUAACAUGUUGAGCUGCGUGCAAAGUUCUUUUUACUUCCUAACAACAACACCAACUAGAUACACAGUGCUCAUAGAGAAUGGAUACAGUGUUAAUUAUUCAUAAAACGCUUUAAUAGUAACAAUCCAUGCAGUCUAUAAUCACAUGACUGUUAAUGAAAUUGCAGCUUUGAUAGCCAGAAGACAGGAUGCCUAUUAAAGUGUGGCUAAAACUGCAUUCUAGGGUAUAGAAUACCCACUCAUUCUCGGUGGGAAGGGGUUAUUAUAACAUAGGAGGGUCUUCCAUUAGGAAGGUUAAAUCCUCCCUUACUCCCCUACCUGUUCUACGGUAGGGGCUUGUAAACUAAAUGGCAAGCAGCUGUUGAUGCCUAAUCAUUGAUCCAAUAAAAGAGGACCUGACAAUGGUCCGUCAUGACUUCAUGAUGGGAGUCCCCCAUUUACCCCACCCUAUUAAAGAAAAUUAACAGGGGAGCUAGGGCCCCUCAAGCCUCGACUCGUGAAAAUCAAGUGGGAGCUGUUAUAUAAAAUGAAUGGGCAGACUUGGUGUCCCCCAGCCUCCAAUCAUUGGUGGUGGGUGGGGGCUCUAAAUAUGUCCAGCCAAGUCCCCACCCUGUGGCAACAGAUGGGGCUGUAAAUAAUAAAUGGGGGGUGAACAUAUUGUCCCUCCAAGCCCCACUGAUUGACAGUAGGUGGGGGGAUCUAGUCUUUUAUGACAGCAAGCAGACAGUAGCUUGUUGUUUAGCUUACAUGCUCCUACCUGCAGUUUGGUGAGUAGGGGCAUCAGGCAGGAAUUAAACCUCCCUUAUCAUGGAAUUUCAUUCAUUCAAAUAAAAUUCCAAAACAAAAAUAACGCAUAGUGCAAAAAAAGCAGUGUAAAAUGCCACACUUUACUUAUAUGCUAACAUGUCCAUAAUAACAUGAAAUUGUAUUUGUUGGCUCCAAAUGGGAAGAACACAUGUAAAAAGAGAGAAGAAAUAACCACAUAGGGCAAUAUUGUGAUAUAAAAUAGAUUUGGAUAUAGCUAAUUCAGGAGGGAACACUCACAAGUGUAGAGCAGAGAAGCCUGCUUUAACUGUAAUGGCUUCAAGACGUACCAGUAUGGACUCAGCUGUGGUAACAGUAAACAUCCAAAUUUUAUUUAUCAAGUGUUUUAAAGCAGCAAACUAUCAGAGUUUUUCUCCUUGCCUUUCACCCCACCGAUAGAGUCCUUUCCUGGUUCUCUCCACCGCCGUUAUUCUAUCAAAUUUCCCUACCCGUGAAUAUCCCCUACCCUCGUCCCUUCCGGUGAGGGGAAUCAGCUGGAUCCUGUGCUGCACAUAUGUGCUAGCACUCCUGCUACUCCUCCACAGCAAGGUCCUGGAAGGUAAGUAAAACUAGUUUUACACUUUCAUUAUAGUUAGUGCAUUCACUAAGCUUAGGACAUGGGACAUUUAGGGCUAAUGAUAGGGUUCAAAUUAGGGUUAGGAUUAGGGACUUGUUCUUAUUUAGUGACAUUUCACAUUAGGGGAAUAUCUAUAAAUAGUGAUUUAUCACACUUUAUUUUAACCCUUACCCCAAGGGUUAGGGUAAGAAUAGAGUGUGAGAGAGGAUAAAAUUACUUACCUAAGCCUAAUUUGAACCCUCACUUAACUCUAAAUGUCCCGUGUGCCUAAGCUUAGUGAAUGCACUAACUAUAAUGAAAGUGUAAAACUUGUUUUACUUACCUUCCAGGACCUUGCUGUGGAGGAGUAGCAGGAGUGCUUGCACGCAUGUGCAGCACAGGAUCCAGCUGAUUCCCCUCACCGGAAGUGACGAGGGUAGGAGAUUUUCACGAGCUAGGGGAAUUUGAUAAAACACCGGCUGUGGAAUAAGUUUGGAAGCUCUGAUCAUUCCGGGGGGCGUGGCCAGAGCUGCAUGCGUGCAUAUAACAUCAGGGUGCGAUGACACGUUUCGCCGGUAUGCCGGUUUUCUCAGAGCUGCCCUCACGUUGUCCACAGUUUGUAUUUAUGUCCAUAGUGUGGGCGUAUAUCGCCCAAACAGUUCCCAACAGAAGGAUGUUCAUAGGUUAAGGCUUAGUGCCUCAUAAAUGUUCAUUGCUUAAGGCAUAAUGCCUCAUGAAUAUGCAUUAAUAAGUCAAAUUGCUCCAUUAUAGCCAUGAGAACUUCACUCAAGAAAGGGUUGCACAUCUAGUUGGACUGACCAAUUCCAACCAGAUUUCAUUUUAAUAAAUAUAAAAAUUGACAUUCUGAUCGAAAUUCAUCCAUUUUUAACAGAUUGUGUCAUCCAGUGUUUAGUGAAUAGAUAUGUGUGUCAAGAGCACCAUUAUUUUCUCUUGCACCAAUAGGAGUCAAAAGCUCCUAGGGAGAAUAGAAAAGGUAGACAAUGACUGCAAGAUAUUUCACCAAUCCUUAAAAUUGCUGGGUUUAGUUAAACAUUGAAUGAGUUAAAUAUGACUGCAAAUAGACUAAUGUUUGCCAGGAUUACAGAGAUCAUUAAAGUCAAGUACUUGCCAUGUGAAUAACAUUUUUCUUGUAUGGCACACUUAUGUCCUGGCCCUAUUGUGUGUUUUAUGAGCAUGGUCUGAAGAUGCUUACAUGGACAGGGCUGCAAAUACAACUGUCCCACACAAAAAAAAUCAAUUACACUAACCUAAAAUUCUAUGGAAAUAUACCUGGCAUAGAGCAUAUAGAAUGAAGAAAAUGUUAAAUUGUAUAAUUCUGUAUAUAGACUAUACAAACACACACUUCAUAAAAAAUGGAAUGGUUCGUAAAAUUGUUUAAAGAAUAAUGUUUGUCUAAAUUACUACCUGUUUUGUAGUCCUUUAGAUCUAAUUGGGGCAUUCAAUAAUCGAUGGACAUAUGGCUUUGCAUUUGGAUCUAUAGCUAAUACAAUUAUUGUAUUGUUUGAUGAGGGAUUUUUGCCAGCUGGUGUCCCUGGUUGGGCCAAAGGUAUGUUUAUUGUUUAAAAUAAAUUACUUUCUUUGUUGGAUUUGUAUCUUCUUCUCUUAAAGAUUUGAAAGCUUUCUUCUUAAAUAAUUGUUCAAUACAGUAAUAUUAGUACUAAAUAAAUGUUGGCAGCUAACAUUCUCCCUAUUUAAAAAAAAAAAAAAAAAUCCAGAAGAAAUAACUAAUUAUCGGCCAAUAGCCCUAUUAAAUAAUGAUUAUAAAAUCUAUGCCUCAAUUAUUGCUAAAAGAAUUAAGAACAUAAUCUCCUCUCUGAUUGCAGAGGAUCAGGUGGGCUUUAUACCAGGAAGGAUGUCCUCUAAUCACAUUAGGAAAAUUUUAAAUAUAUUUACAAAGGUUCAUGCGAGUAAAACCCCAUUUUUAACGAUGGCCUUAGAUGGAGAAAAGGCUUUUGAUAAGGUUAUCUGGAACUUUAUGCAGUCAACUCUAAAAGCUUUUGGGUUUUCAGGUCAGAUUCUCCCGGCCUUAUAUUCCUCACCAUCGAGUAGGAUUGUUGGAGGGGGGAUUAAGUCUGACUGGUUCAAGUUAUCGAAUGGCACCCAUCAGGGUUGCCCUCUUUCCCCACUUCUUUAUAUUUUAAUAGCUGAACCCCUGGCGUAUGAAAUACGAAAAAACUCUGAAAUAAUAGGUUUUUAAAAGAGAGGCAAAGACUUUAAGAUAAGCCUAUAUACUGAUGACACACUAUUAACUUUAACCAACCCAGUCCAGUCAGUACCAGUUGUCAUGCAAGUAAUUGAAAGGUAUAGCCGUAUGUCAAAUUACAAGCUUAAUGUCCAAAAAACGACGGUAUUACCUUUCUAUAUGCAAGAAAAAGAUUACCAAUAUCUAAAUCAACAUUACGCCUUUAAAUGGGAAAAAAAGGGAUUUGUGUAUCUUGGGAUUAAUAUAGUGAGAGAUCCAGAGAAUAUAACGAAGGUCAAUGUAAUUCCUUUGAUUAGAGAAUGUAUCCACUCUCUAAAACAAUGGAAUUCACUACAGAUAUCUUGGUGGGGCAGGGUCAAUUUUAUUAGGGCUUAUGUUUUUCCUAAAUUUAUUUAUUUAUUGAGGAUGAUUCCAUUACAGAUACAACCUCAACGGCUUAAAGUCAUAAAUAAAAUAUUCAGAAACUAUAUUUGGCUUAAUAAGAAGCCCAGGAUAGGGCAGGAUCUCCUAUAUUUGAAGCAAAAACAAGGAGGUAUUGGUUUUCCAAAUAUCUUCUUAUAUCAUCAAGUGGCCCAGAUGAUGCAUACCCUACCUUUAAUUAAACAGGAUAGAAAUCCACAAGAUUGGUUCGAAAUAGAGGGGGAAGAUAUUACAGAUACAUAUAACAGUUUCGGAUUAUUGUGGACUAUAAGAAAUAGUAUUCGAAAUAAAAAUUCAAGGUGCUCAACCGACAAUCUGAUAACCAGACCUCUUGUAAAAUUUUGGACCUAUUUUAAAAAUCAAUUAGAAUUAAGGAAUAAAAUAUUACCGGCUUUGCCUUUUUGAAGCCUGGAGAUAUGGAUGGAAAAUUUAGACACGACAGAUUGGACUGGGCAUGGGAUUAAAAAAUUAGCAGAUAUAUUAGAGGAGAGUUUUGGGUAUUCCAGCUACACAGACUUUUAAUUUUAUCAAGAUAAAAAGUUUUCUACAAAGUUCUUUAGGUGGCAUGACAAAGUCAUUCUCAAUCUCUAAAUUAAAUGAUUUAAUAGACUCAGAAAAAAAUAUAAAAAUACUAACCAGAUGCGUCAAGAUUAUGAAAAGUGUAAAAGGACUUGUUCAGCCCCUAGCCAAAAUUAAAUGGGAAAUAGAUUUAUCAGUAAAAAUCAAUAUAAAGGAAUGGAGUAGGGCUCUUCAAACAGUGUACUUUAAGGUGCAUUAUUUAAAUAUUAUGGAAGCUCAUUAUAAGCUUCUAAAUAGAUGGUACAUGACACCAAAUAAGUUUCAGAAAUUUUCAAAGGAAGAGAUCUCUAGAUGCUGGAGAUGUGGAAAUGAGGGAGCGAAUUAAUUACAUAUAUGGUGGGACUGUGCACCGAUUAAGGAAGCAUGGGAUCAAUUUUUGGUCUAAAUAAAUAAUCUUUUGGGUAUCACGCACAUCUGGACUCCAGAUAUUUUGCUUUUAUAUUUAAAUUUACCGCAAUUAAAUAAAGAAAAGAAAUGUUUGUUGAUCCAUGCUCUGAUGGCUUUUAAGAUGUCCAUUGCAAAAAACUGGAAAAAGACAUCAAUUGACUCAUGGCAGCAUAUUAAGGAAAUUAUUAUAACUCAAUGUAAAAUGGAAAGGGGUAUAGCCUCCAAUCUAAGCAUUAAUACACGCCAAUAUGAGAUCUGGGACAAUUGGAUAAAUGUCCUUGAAAGGCCGACACUGAUAAGAGUUCUUGAUAAACAUUAGAUACGAAAUUUGGGGGCGGAAUCUACUACGAAUUAAGACCGGUGUAAAAUAUAAUAUGAGUAAUAAAGAAAGAAAUGUCAACUUCAAUGUUUGUAUAUUUGCAUAUGAGUAGAGUUUGAAGUGAGGGACAUUCGGUUCCCGGCACCUUCACCUCUACUGUUUGUAUGUUUGGAGUAUAAUUCUUGGAGAGCUAUAACAUUAUGUAAUAGUAUUGAUGUGGUACAAGUCUCGGAACAAUCUAUGUAUGCUCCUUUGUGUCUUUGUAUGUAAAUGUAAUUUUUUGUUUUUUUGUGUAUUAAAUUUAAAAAAAAAAACAAUAAAUAAAUAAAUGGAAAAAAAAAUAUUAGUACUAAAAAUAUCUAUAGAAUCUGAUAAGACAACCUCUUUAGGCAGAGAAUUCCACAUCUUUAUUGUUAUAACUGUAAAGAACCCUUUCUUCUGCUGCAAGUGGAAACGUCUUUCUUCCUGCUAGUGAACAGGUUAGCACAUAGCGGAAUGCACUGACCUUGUAUAUAUUACUCUAGUGAUAUUAUAUACCCUCAAAUGUGCUUUUUUUUCUAAAGAAAACAAAUGCAGUUUUCCUAGGCUUUCUUCUUAACUAAUGUUUUCCAUCCUCUCUACUUAUUUUGUAGCUCGUCUCUGUAAUUAUUCUAGUUCUGCAAUAUUCUUCUUUAAAAAUGGUGCCCAGAAUUGCAUUGCAAACUCAGGGUAGAGCCUUACCAUUGAUUUAUAAAGAGCCAAAAUUACAUUUUGAUCACAUGAAUCAAUACCACCUUUUAUACAUGAGAGCAUCUUACUAGUUCUUGCGACGGCAGACCGACAUUGCAUACUGUUGCCUAGUUUGUGAUCUGUAAUUGUUCCCAAGUCUGUACCGUUUGAUGUUAUCCCUAACGCAUCCCCAUUAGUUUUUAACACUAUAGGGUCUGGAAUACAUAUUUGUGUUCCUGACGCGAUAGUGUUCUUUUAACAACUUCCAUAGGGCAUACUAAGAACUAAUAACCAUUACCAUCAAAGUAUUUUUCAGUGCAAAAUGGAACAAGCUAUUACGAACUUUGUCCCAAAGAAGGGUUACUAUUAUAGUUAUCGGGAUAGAUGGAUACAAAAAUUAGACCCGGGACAAUAAAUUCUUCUUUUUCUUUUUUUUUUCUUUUUUCUUCUUGUAAUAUACUCACUUUUAGUCGAGCAAUCCCUAUCCAAAUCGGGAGAUUGCCAGGAUACCCUUUGCCCCUUAUUAGAUUUUUUUUUCUCUCUCCGGCACACUGUGAACCAAACAAAUGUCUCUCUAGGUUAGUCUGUAUGUAUAUAUGUUUUUUAAAUAAAAUUAAAGGACAGCAUGUAAGAGGCAGCGGCCCUUCUCCGAACCCUGGGCCUGCCACAGGAUUCACUCCCUCAAGCGGGACCCUGUGCUCCCACCACCCCGUGCCACAGCUGGGAUCCAGCAAAAAGUGCCCCAUUCAGACCACGGAGCACCACACCGGUUACCUACGCCUCAGUUACCACAUAGAUGGAGCCGAAGGGCGCACCCUCCAAGCUCCGCAACACCAUGACCUGCCCACACCGAACUGCCGAGAAAGGGAGUACUGCGCCGGAGCGCCACCAAUACCCCGCAAGGCAUCGGUUGAUGAAAUCAACUAUCAAGUCCUUGGGGACUCUACUUUCCUCUUCUCCCUUUUAUCUCUCAUUAAAUACGCCAGCACAUGAUACAGGACUCUUGCCUGGAGAACACCAGGGGACCUUGUAGCUCUAUUUGGCAAGUUUGGGAUUGCUCACCUGCAGUAACACGCACAUAGCCACUGUUUGUUUAAUAAUUAAUCUACUAAUACUUCACACUUAUAAGGCACAUAACUGUUAUUUUUCUCAGUUUAUUUAUCUAUUUAUUUAUUUUUUCUCCCUCUUUCCCUGUUUCUUUGUGUCUCCCUUUUUCCUUUUUAUAUUAUGUAGCCUUUGUUUCCUUAAAAUGAGACUCUAUACUGAGCUCCAUGUGUGGUAUAUUAAGCGAUGGCUAACAUACAAAUACUCGCCUCCUUAGCAAGCACCCCUAAGAAAGAAUCCCCAUGUAACAUUGUUACCCAGAAAGGUACAGGGAAAUCCCACCUAACAGACGAGGAUAGCUUCUUAGGAUAUCGCCUGGGACUCGGCCAUAUGCUGAAUAGAAAGCACCACAACUUUACCCUACUACCUUAAGCCUGGCGGCCCAUCAACCCCCAAUCACGCAUUAACCAUGACCUUAAGGGUCCCUACCACAUAAACAGGGGGAUUUAUGUUUGCUACGGACAGCCUGAAUAUAGCCUACCCCAGCUGGCCCACUUCCAUUCUCAGCGAAGCAUUUAAGCUGCACAGCUAACAUAGCCCUAAUGUGUCCCCUCGGACCACCUCACAGGAGUACCUUCAGUUGUCAAGCACCCAGUUAGUUUCACUGGUGAAGUUUACACUCUAUACUUCUCAAUAUGCAUUACUUAACUUAUUGCUGCUAACCUAAGGGGACGGCUCUUUAUGUUUUUUUUGUUUUUUGUUUUUUUUUUUCGCCUAGCGCGGCACAAUUAAAAUCGCAGCUCUGAUGAGACAUACUGUACUAAACGCAUAACACUGUAUAAGCCAACACAAAGAUGAGAGCGUAUAGCUAUGAUCUGUAAUGCAAUGUCCUAGCCUGACUGUUAAUCUUAAUCUUAAUGUGACUACUAAGUGACACAUAUCUGUGAAACAAAAUACUACUUUUACUUGUCUCUAUAAGUGUAAGUUAUUAUCCUGUUUAUAUAACUACUUUAUAAAAAAAAAAAAAGUGCAAUGUUAUUACUGACAUGAUUAAGUGUGUAUUCGAACUUGAGCGCACCAGCUAUUGUGGCUGUGCAACUCCGCCUGUUAACCUUAUGCACGACCAAAAAUAAAGAAUUAAAAAAAAAAAAAAAAUUAAAGGAAAACAAGAUAAACAAAACUGGGAGAUAGGAUACAUAUACACAAAAAAAUAAGAUGAAAAUAAAACAAAUGAUGAUGAUUUGGUAUUUGAUAAGGUCAACCCUGACAUACAUAAAGUAUGAAAUAGCAAAUAUUAUAUAUUAUACCUAGCUCUACACUCGUGAGAACUGAGGAUUUAAAGGGUAUAACAUACCGGCUAAAUCUAAAGUCUCUGUUGUUUUUUUGGAAAUACCAUAUUCUGAUGUAAAAAAAAUAAAAUUAGAAAAAAAUAUAACCAUUACUUAAUUACUGUGUUUCACCAAUUUGAACUGUCACUUUAACUAUAUGUUAUAUAUUUUAUAUGAAUUAUUACUUAUUCACAAAUACUUUUUUACAGGAUUUGUUAUUUUAGCUGGAGCCCUAGAAGUUGGACUGUGCUAUUUUCCCAUUUUUGCCUGUCUCACCACAGCUAAUAAAAUAGUUGGACCUAUUAUAGGAUUUUUGUAUACACUCUUUUGGUAAGUGGAAGCAUGUGUAUGUUACAUAAAUUUAAAGCUUAAGCCAGACUAUGUUUCUCUAAAUUGGUAGUAUAACACAAUUUAUUCAGGCCGGAUGUCUUAAAAAUGUUUUUGGCUUUUGAUUUAUUUAUUUAUGUUUUAAUUUUGCCAGUUCAGCAUGGCUAGACAGAUUAUGGCUAAACAGAUCAGUAGUUGGACCUUGUACACAGAGAUCUAUUGGUUUAGUGUGCAAAAACAAAGCAUUAGUUUGUUCUUGCCCCUCAAGAUGAGUGUUGCCAGCCUUUCCCUGGAAAAUACUCACCCCUGCCAACUUAUUUUAGGGGCAUGUGGGUGAGUUUAAUGUUUGAGUGUCAUUUAGAGCCAAAUAAAGAUCGCCCUAUAGACUAGGUAGCAGUGGAGGCUCAUCCAUAGGGACUGGUAAAUAGGGGAAAAUGUUUUUGUAGUAGUAUAGAGACACUGAGAUUCUUUUUUCUGGAGGGGAGGGUGGUGAGCCACAAAAUAAGUGUCUUUUUAAUUAUGUCAUAGGUUUCAGUUGUGCAGGACCCCCCUCCCUCAUUCAUAGCUGUUUGGAGAAACUUACUUAAGGGCAUCUAAGCAUGCAAAAACAUUUAAAUCUGCCCUGUUUCAGCAGGUUUUGCACAUGCCUAGUUCUUCCAGAAGGAAUUUCAGGAAUUAUCAUUGAGUUGCCAUUUGGGCAGCAUAGCCUACUCCCCAUGAGUCAAGGCAUGCUAUUGGCCUUUCCAUUAAGGGGCCACAUUGACUGAUAGAACCAGGGGGUGGGGUUACAGUGCUACUGUUAAUCAUGUCAGCUACUUUUUGGUUCCAUAUUACCACUGCAGAUUAAUUAUAAUAUUAUCUUAAUGCUUUAACUAUGUGCACACUCAGAACUAAUGGAGUAGCUGACAUAUUUUAUAAAAGGAGGCAUGGGCUCCUCUGUAAUGGUCCAAUCCAAUGCUCCUCAUAGAGGAAUAUUGGGGAUCUUAUUUGCAUGUGCAGAGUGUGACGCACACAUCCGAACUUUCCCAUAGGAAAGAGUUAGUAUUCACUAGGUCAGUGACGUGAAAGUGCCACAAGAGAUGAAUUUAACCUUGUCAUGUAAACAUUACAGUUUCUAGAUAUAUCGCAAUGUUUUACAUUGCAUGACUAAAAGGAGAGGGCCACUGCACCCAGACCACUUUAUUGUCUAUGAAGUGAUCUAAGUGACUGUAGUAUCCCUUCCCCCAACUCUACCCUAUACUACACUCUAUCUCCAACACUAAAUCCUCACAUGUUAUAUAAAUCACAUUAUGAUAACAAAUCUUCAAAUUAAUUCAGAUUAUAUAAACCUAUACUUGAAAGCUCCACCACUUUUUUUUAAUCCCACACCAUGCAGUAUUAUUCACAUACCCACAGAAAAAUGUGCAACAUUAAAACCACUUUGUUAAACCCUGCACCCACAGCAAUACCCACUAUCGUUAACUCCAAAUAUUGUGUAUUUAAAGAUGCACUGUUACACAUUUUCUAAUGAUUUCAGUAAUAUGCUUAACUAUUAAUGGAAGAAGAAAAUAGACAUCUAAUGGUAAAUAUACAGUUUUGACAGGUAUUUCGAUUACCUGGCCCCCUUCACUAUUAUUAGGUUUAUUUUAAAUGGAAUUGGGCUGUCUAGAGGCUUGGGGACCCCUAACUACAUGGGAGGGGGGCUGGAUAUUUUUUUUGUGGCAUGUCCAACCCUACUUUAUUUAACUAAAGUCUCCAACAACCACUCAUGGGUGGGGGCUGAUGGCCAUUGUUUAUUAAUUAAAGCCACCUUCCACUAAUCGGAGGACUAUAGGGGUGGUUGACACAAUGUACCCCCCUUUUUAUUUAGAGCCCCUAACAGUUGCCCAUGGGUGUGCGUUGCUGGGUGUCAGGAUACUUACAGGAUCCAGAGCAAAGUAACAAAAGGCACAGCAGGAAUAAUAAAGCAGUGUAUUACUUGACCUUAGAAUGACUGGACUUAAUACUCAGAUAGGAAAAACAAAAAAAUCAGGAACUCAGGAACAAUCCUCAAGGUCAGGAACUAACCAAGGAUUGGCACAUGAACACCUGGUCAAUCAGGAACAAAUAGAUGAGGCAAAUAAAUUACCAUGAAGUUGCAAGCAUCUGGUAAUCAGGUAAUUCACAAUCAGGAGCAAUAUAACUUGUUUAAAACUCAAAGAAUCAUGAAACGACACUGAGGCAUAAACAGUGAUAGUAUACACACUGAUCAGCCACAGCAGUAAAAAACCCUGUCUAAUAUUCUGUAGGUCCCUCUUGUGCUGCCAAAAUAGUUCUGAUGCGUUGAGGCAUGGACUCUCUCUAGAAGACCUUUGAACAUGUCCACCAAGACAUUAGCAGCAAAUCUCUUAAGUUCUGUAAGUUGCAGUUGAUGUGAGGCCUCCAUGGAUUUGUUGUUCCAGUACAUUUCACAGAUAGUCAGUUGGAUUGAGAUCUAGGGAAUUUUGAGUCCAAGGCAACAACUUGAACUCUUUGUAAGUUUCCUCCAACCGUUCCUGAAUAUUUAUUUCAGUGUGGCAGGGUGCAUUAUCCUACUGAAAUACGCCACUGCCUUCAGAGAACACCAUUGCCAUGAAAGGGUGCACGUGGUUUGCAUCAAUCUCUAGGUGGAUGGCACAUGUCAAAGUAACAUCUACAUAAAUGCCAGGACCCAAGGUUUCCCAAAACAAUGUCAGAGCAUAACGCUGCCUUUGCUGGCUUACCUUCUUUCCAUAGUGCAUCCUCACUGCCAUCUCUUUCCCAGGUAUAUGCAUCCAGUCAUCCACCUCAUAUGUUUUUGAGAGCAGAUGUUUUAUGUAGUUUAUGUGCUGCUUUUUGUCCUCCUCCUACAUUCCAUCAAUGGCUGAAGGCACCCACUUGGAGUUCAUGGCCUCUCAUCUUCAAUAAAGACAAGACUUCUCUGUUGGCCUCUGUCCAGUAUGGUUAAGCGUAUGGACCCUGGAGUAGUCCAUACCUCUUCAACAGCCUCUGAACCCUGCACCAUGACCUGGUGGAGACUGCCAUAUAUUUCCACAUCCAGGCCAUUUGCUCCUCAUCCACGGUGCCAAUAUCACUCAAUGGGGACUCCCCUAAAACUGUCCAUUCAAAUGAGAACCAGGGGGCUCCCAUAGCUCUCCCAGAUGGACACCUCAGAUGAAAAACAUUGAAUGUUCUGGGGAUGGGGGAAGCGCUUAUUAUCUUGACUUUUGCAAGACUUACUUGUAAUGUAAUUUCCAUUCAUCCUUGUCUCCUCUCUUCUCCUUUUCCACCCUCCCUCCCCAGAGGGCACCCUUGGGGCAUUUUACCAAGUCUUUUCACAUUCUUCCUUUAAUUCUAAAGUUCUCUAGUCUCUCCUCUCUAGCUGUUCUUUACUCUCUACACAUCAUAACGCACCUGCACUCAUGACUGUAGCAGGUUCAUCACUACUUUUUGCACUUCCCCAUUUUACAGUGUUUCCUUCUGGAUGCUUGGGGAUGCAUCACAAGGCUCCUGCAAAUGAUAUGCUUACAGUUUCCCUUUUGUGAAGUCCAUGCUGGGUCCCUUGUUGCCUUUAAGCCAGGCAAUUACUGGUUCAACCUUUAUUGCCCUUACUUUUGCUUAUUUGUUUGGCCACUGCGGCCUCUGCCAUCACCACCAUGGUGGUAUUAUUAUAAGCAACCCCGAGAACAGCAUUUAUUUUUCUGUUUACUUAUUAGCUUCUCCAGCUACUGAAGUCAAUCAUUUUUCAGUGCUCAUUAAUAAACCGUGACAAAUGGGAUAACACUUUCUAAGCUCUCUCCCACAUACACCAAGCCUGGCACAAAUCAAAGCCUUUCAUAGGGUGUGCAAACUCUUAAGACAGUUGGCUGGGACCCCACAUAUUUGGGUGCAUACCUCUGUGUUGGAGGCACGCUGAUACCUCUGUGUUAGUUGAGAGUGCUGGAGGAGUUAAUUUCCUCAGCACAGGAUAUGAUUCAGGCAUACACUGGGAUCUGGGCCCAGUGGUUGACCACUACCUAUACAGUGGACUUCAAACAAUACCCAACUACUCUGUUGAUGCUCUAGCCUACUAGGAUACAGCAGGUCAAGCAAGAUUUAAAGCCAACUCCCCCUACAACCAGGAGGCCCAGUAAAGCUCUGGUUACCAGGCCUUCUUUUACUCAACACACCACUUAACUCAUUUCUUUUUCAGGUAAUGAAAACGUGGUUCUCCUCCUUUGUUUCCUUAAUAUUAUUUUGAUUUCACCUUUUUAUUAUAAGCUGAAUGGUUCAAGGGCUACUGUACUCUAGCCAGCAAGAAAAACUUCCUUGAGAGCCCAACAUAAACCCUCAGGACAAGUUGACUGGCACACAUAAUGUAGAAAUAUUGUAUGUUAUAUAAUACUGGUAAUCUGGUUCCAUUCACCUAACCUCUUGGUUAAUUUGACGAUACUCUAGAGACUUUUAGUCCAUCCCCAUAUAUUUAGUGUUGCUACAUAAAUACUGUUUAAUUGAUCUCUGUUACUUGUACUUUAAAUACUUAUGACAAGAUAUGUGCAAAUGUACUUUUCUUCAUACAAAACCGAAGAAAUCCUAUUUAUAAAAAAUGCCCCCAAAAACUGGUAUAAUCCUACAAGCAGCUCUCCGCACCAGUAAAAAAAUAAAAACAAAAGCAAAAACCCCCCUCAAAAGUGCAAAAUUUGAAAGAAUGAAAAAAAACGUAUGAAGUCUGAAUACAAUAUUAUCCUUAAGAUUCACACUAAAAAAGUAGAGGUAUAGUGCGAGAAUUGGAUCUGUCUCACCAAGUCUAUGGGGUGGAGAAACUGACUGGUUUAUUCACUAAAGUGAAAAUUCAGAAGUCAAUUAUGCUACUUUGGCCUUAAAUGUGAAGUUCACUUUGAAUUCGCACAUUAGUAAAUAACACUGUUAUUCUGUAGUUAUAGUAGUCAUGCACAUAUUAGAGUAGGCAAAAUUGAAACUCACUUCUGUGAAUAACCCAGUAAAUAAAUAUGUGGACACGUAGGUUAUCAUAGGAAAGUCAUAUUUGUCCUUUGAAACCAAAAUGGAAUAUGUGUGGGUACAGGGCUGGUUCAAGUAUUUUUGGCAACACAGGCGAAGAUGCAAUUAUGCCGCCCCCAUAAUGUGUCUUCGCCUGUGUGUCUCUUAACAAUAAUUUUGCCUCUUUUGUAUAUUGUAUUCACUUUUUGUGUCUCUUUUCCUCUUUUUGCAUAUUUUAUCCUCUUAUUAAUCCACUACUUUGGUCUGCAAGGCAAAGUAUAGAGAGUGACCGGUGGGAGUGGAAUUCAAUGCACCCCCUCUUCUGAUGGGCACCUGUGCAGCCUUAUGGUAGCGCCGGCCCAGUGUAAGGAAUCAGAAAAUUACAGCUGAACAAAACUUGCAAAAUUACUUGUGUCUUCAGUACAAAAAAAAACUAAAUGUGGGAUUAAAUAACAUAAGCAAAUUGUGUUUCCAUAUGAAAGAUGCGUUCUUCACAGCCAGCUCUCAAUAGAUUCACUGGGGCAUUAAAGUUCUGUAGUAAGAACACACGUAAGCAGUAGCCCAUUUAGAUAAUUUUGUGUUUGUAACAUACUUUGAUUUACUAAUGCUGAGAAUGUGUUUUGGUUUUUGUUUGUAUUUUUAGGUUAUCAGUCACAGUGGCAGACAUUGUUAUUUGCCCUCAUGAAACUGUAAGUACUGUAAUAGUUAAGUUAUAGAAAUUAGAGAUGUAUAAAUAGAUGUGAGCCUACUCUCCCUUGUUUACAUCUUAAAAUCGGUGUGUUUGAGUCACUUGUUGAGUUAUAUUCUCUGCUUUGCCUCUCAGCGUUAUUGUUAGCAUUUAUAUAACACCAACAUAUUCCUCUGUUCUUUAUAAUUAUAGAAAUUUGUAGACCCUGCUUAAACGAACUUUCAAUCUGAAAAUGCACUUCUUUUCAAUAUGAAAACAUUGGGAGGCUAAUGUGUAGGAGUGGCAAAACACUGCUUUGGGCCAAUCUAUUAAACCAUCUAAUUAAUAUAGCUAUAUCUGUAGACAUGCCUCUAGCUCAUGUAGGCAUUUACACUAGCAGAACAGCAAUGUUCAAAGCCAAUGUUUAAAUUGCAAGGUUAAAACGAGAGGUACAUGGCAUCUAGACCACUUCAUGGGGAUUGAAGUGGUCUGGGUGCUUAUAAUGUCCCUUUAAAUAGUUCUUUGCUAACUCUUUUCUUGUUAGGUCCCUUUGGGGUUUUUUUGUUUUUUUUUGGAAAACCAGCCUCAACCCCCAUGGAAUGUUUCCUUUUUCCAAGAGUGUUCUUGUCAUUGGUCCUGCAGAAGAUUGCUACCAGUUUCUGAAAUCUUCCUUUUAUUUGACCAUCUGGCUACCUGUAAUUUAUAUGAUCUUCAGCUUGUGCUGUGGACACACUUGCAGCUAAGAUUAACAGCCACAGUAAUUCAAGGUGUUUAGCAGCUGUUUAAUUGAGCUUUUAUGAAACCAAACCCCUUGUGUUUCUCUGUUGCUAUAUUUAUGUGCAAGCUAUGUUCAUUACUGCUAUCCGUGUGUGUGUGUGUGUGUGUUAGCAGGAGAGGACUAGCAACUUUUGGCCUGGGUGUUCAAAUAAAAACAAAUUUUUAUUUACACAAAACUGUCAGUUCUCUGUAUUUUUCAGUUUUAUUAUCUGCGACAAACUAGAAUUUGUGUUAUGCUUUUCAAAAUAUUGUCAGGACACUCCUCAUUUUAGGGUCUGUUCUGUUAUCUAGAUUCCACUGCACGUGUUGCAUGAGUACAUCAUUAGAUUCACUAUGGGCAUGAAGCAGUGAAGAGCAAGGCUGCAUAGUGUAGAGCAGUGGAGAUGACUACAUGGCUAUGAAUUGUAUACCACAAAUGCUAGGCACAGCAGGUUCUCUGGCAAAUUAAGCUUUCAAAAGAAAGAUGUGUAACCAAGAACAGAGAGAAUUAAUAUGUGGUUAUUAUUUGUAAGCCAUGGCACACUAGUUCGGCACUAUAAAAUAAGAAAUUAUUUCUUUGGUAAAUGAUCUUAACAUUUCCCUAAGCAGUAGGAUGUUGGGCUUCUCUUAAAUUUUGCAACAAACUUGAAGCACUUCCAAUUUUACAACAAACUAGGAAUGGCAGUCAGAUAUCUCCUUAGUUCAAAUAGUUAUUACCCCACAAAUAAAAAUGUAUAUCCCAUAAUUAUGUUUUGUCAAGUUUUCAUCCAGUUGUUGUUUAAACAUCUAUAUAGGCUCUGAUAAAACUCAAUUUUUAAGCAGAGAAUUGUUUGCUGUAAAAAAAACAACAAACUUUUCCUUUGCCUUAGACGAAAUCUCCUUUCUUCCAGUCUAAAAAGGGUGAUCUUGUGUCCUAUGUAUAGUCCUAUUUAUAAAUAGAUUCCAGGCAAUGGUUUGCAUUGGCCCUGAAUAUAUUUGUAUAAUGCUCUAUAAUGUAUCAUAUCCCCUCUAAGCUGCAGUUUUUCUAAAGUAAACCGAUUUAAAUUUGUUAACCUUUCUUCAUAACUAUUAAAAUAUUUCAUUCUUUUUAUUAAUUUUGCACUUUGCUCCCUCUGCACUUUUUCUAAUGCCAUAGAAUCCUUCUUUAGAAAAGGUUCCCAAAAUUGCACAGCAUAUUCAGAUGUGGUCUUACCAUUGAUAUAUAAAUCAAUAAAUCAUAAUUAUAUGUUAUGAUAUAGAAUUAAUGCCCCUUUUUAUACAAGGCAAUAUCUUACUGGCCUUAGCAUAGCACAUUGUUGCCUAGUUUGUUGUCUACGAGAAUACCCAAAUCUUUCUCACAUGCUGUUAUCCCUAAAUUGCUACCAUUUAGGGUGUUAGUUGCUUGUGCAUUCUUUACCACAAAGUGCAUAACUCUGCAUUUAUCUACAUUACAUUUCAUGUGCCCUAUCCUUCCUAAAUAAUGUGAAACUAUUUGAACUGCCCAUUCAUGUUUCUCAUCCAUAUUAUGCCUAAUAUGUCGCAUUGCCUCUACUUUCCUCAUUUUGUUAUUUUGGCUCCUUGCGUUAGUAGGUAUAUAUUUAAUAUUAUCACAUUAUCAUAUUAUCAUCAUUGUCUGUUGUACUUUGUAUUUUUUUUUCUAUUGCAUAACUCCUCUGUUCUGAUCUUGCCCCCACAUCUCCACCCCCUUGUGCUGAGCUAAGGUCUAUCUCCUUUGUGUCUUUUCUCCAUUUUGUCAGUGUGUGUGUGUGUGUCCACCACUAGUUUAAAAUCUCUGCCAACCUACUAGUCAUUCUGUGCCCCAGCACAGAAGAUACUUUUCCGUUUAGGGGCUAUCCAUCAUGGCUAUAAAGCUUGUACCCAAGGCCAAAAUCAGGUCAGUUCUCUAAAAAGACAAAUCCCUAAUUCCUAUACCAUCACUUUAGCCACGCAUUAACCUAAUAUUCCACUGCCUUUCAACUGUAGUGUGCUAACAGGUAAUAUUUCUGAAAAUACGUCCUUGGAGGUCCUCUUCUUCAGUUUACAUUAUAAUUGAUACCAAUAUAGACCAUCAUAGCAGGAUUAUCCACAGACCCUCCCAAUAAUCCAUCUACUCUGUCAACAUGCCAAACCUGAGCACCCAGGAGACUGCAAACUUUUUGGUUGUUUGGUUGAGAUGAUCAGAUUGGCAGAUUACCCUAUCUACUCUCUUAAUAAUAGAGUCCCCUACCAUCACAACCUGUCUAAUAGUUCUUACAUUCUCAACCCUAUGAAUCACAUGUUACAAAUGUGAAACCCAGUUGAAACCCAUUAUUUAUAAAAUAAAUAAAUCAAUUUUAAACAAAAUUAAAAAUUAAUAAAGGGUGUUGGGUUCAAAGUGUGGACCACCCUAAUAAAUAUUUAUGUUUCUAUUCAAUUCUGGAAAACUGAACAACAGCAUAUAGGCUAAAUCUUAAUUAAACAUGUGAGGAAGGCUUAACUUGAUGGACGUAAGUCUCUUUUCAGCUAUAUAACUAUGUAACUAUGUAAUUAAAUGAGACUAGCGUACAUUUAGAUAAAGAGGAAUACCAGUCCGGUUCCCUAGUUCUACUUUUGCUCAAAUAGGGUUACAAUAAAGCAUGCAGAAAUGUGGAGUAAAAGAACGGGAAGAAAAUAUUCAAAGCACAGAGGAUUUGCAAACUUAGUGAGUUGAAAGUUUCUGUAAAUAGAAGACUUAUGAUGGCAAUCCAGAUACUUGCUAUCGGCUACCCGAUAUCUAAAUUACUGUGGAACCCUAUGUUCUACGCACGGGGAGGCCUCAACCAAAUGCAAUGUAAACUCAUAAUUCAAUUUGGAAUUGCAUAGCACCAGGGUGAAUUUUUCAGGCAAAUUCCAGAUAUGGAAGAUGGUCUUUUGGGUGUUUAGGAAUAUUGCCUGGAACAAAUAUAGAAAAUGGACAGCCCCUGGGAGAGCAGCAUGGGAAAGUUUAAAAGACAAUUAAUAUAGAUGCAAUACAUCUGUGUGAGAACAGGCUCAAAAAACUAAAAAGUCAAUUAUGGGUAGUCAGGAGCUAAGCGGAAUGUAAUGCAAUCCACCGGUGCAUCUCCUACUAUAAAGGAAAAGAAAAAAAGUAAAGUAUUUUUCUUUUGAGAAUGUCAUGGGGGGAGAACGCUGACCAUAUAUGCAUACGGCUUGUGGGUAUCACGUGGUUCAGAUAUACACUGUUAGACACAUUCUCUGUUAGACACAUAUACACAGAUUCCCACUGUCAGACACAUGCAUAUAUACACAAUGUCAGACACACACAGGGAUCUUUAUUUAUUAAAGUCCCAAUAGUCCCUUAGCAAAUGAACCCAAACUUUCCAGUUCUGCAUGGGGUCAUGUGGGCAGCAAAAUCUAGACAUUGUUCACACUAUUAAAAGUUCGGAAUUUGCAAGUAAGGCUCCAAAAGAGAUAUGACCUUUCCCACCCCUUACAAAUAAAGUGACCAAAAAGGAGCUUUAAAAAUAAGCUGCAACUUAAAAAAAAAAGAAAUGAGGAAAGUGUGCUAACUAAAAUUGUUUUUUUUUUUGUUUUUUUUAAAGACUCAUCUAUGUUAGUAUACAAACUUUCUCCAAUUAGCAAUGCAACCAAAAGAUAAAACAGAAUAAACAAUAAUAGUGCAGACUGUAUUAUAGACUAACAAAAAGUAACGAUGGUCCAGGCACUCAAGUUCAAUCAGUGGGCAGAUUUAUUGGAGCAAAAUCGAAACAACGUUUUGGCCCACAACAGGGCCAUUGUCAAGCUAACCACAAGUGUAUUGAUAUCCAUUAUAAAAGGUAAUCAAUUCAACAAAUAACACAAUGUAUAUCAAGACAAAGAUAAUCAAUUACAUAUCACAUUAAUCACAUGUUAAUAAUGCAUACCAAUAAAGCAUAAAAAAUUGUUAAAAAAACAUCCAGCAAUUAUAGCAACUUCCAACAAGUUUGUAUUUUAAAGUUUGUUGGAUAUAAUAUAUCCUUUAGUUUAUUUAAUUCUCUAGUUGUUAUAUAUUGUCUUCCCUCUAAGAACUUAUAUGAAAAUAGGACAAUAUAUUAUCCACCAUCAAUGUUAAAUAACAGAAUAAUGGCUUUGAAGGGGUGUGUCUUAGCCACCAUCUUGAAUGGCCAUCAUCUAGAGGAGCUCCUGGGACAUUGGGAGAAUAAUGUUCCAAAAGUGACAUAUAUCAUUUUAUUUCACCUAAUUUGAGCAUUGAUAUCCCUUUAACAACAUUCAGUUAAUAUGCAGAAACAAACAAGACCUGAAAAGAGUGCUUCUGCAACAAAGAAAAUCGAUGGAGGUGCUGCAUGGGUUUGCUUACAAGGGGUAGUGGUUAUGGUGCUUACAGUGUUCCUUUAACGGGAUAUAUAUAAAAAAAAUGGGAUAUACAGUUAUUCUGCUGUUCAAUUUUGGAGGACUACAAUACAGUUAGUAUUAGUAUGCUGCUUUUUCUUACUAAACUCAUUUCAUAUUUGCCCAGUAAAUAUAUAAGACUUUGUUGUUCCAAUCCAUUUCAUUCAAAAUGAGAUAAAUUAUUAUCAUUAUUAACUCACAGCAUGGUAAAAACUGUGAAAAUGUGGUUGUGGAAUAUCUAUAAAUAUUAUUUUAUUUUUUUUAGGCGAAAAGGCAAUACGAGAAAAUCAUUUCACACUGGCCAUCCAUUCUUUGUUUCCUGUUCCUGUUGUACCGAUUUGUUUACACAUUUAUUUGCAGAAAUAAACCUGGAGAAGGUGGCUACAAGGUAGGUACAGUAUAUUUUUUUAGAAAUUGUUUGCUUCUCUGACAUAAACAGGUUGUUUAAUAAGGUUAUCUGACAUUUUAGUACAUUUGGAUUAUUAUUUAGAUUGUAUAAAUGAAAUAUAUAUUUAUAACUUUACAUGCUAAAGAUUUUGAAUUGUGUGUAUGAAUAAUCUCAGUUCUUUUAUACAUACCAUGUUGAUUUCUAUUACAUUUUCUAAAAAAAAAAUGUACUGUCAGGGCAUUUCUUUGUAGGCAUUCAUGGGCGUCCUCAGGGUGGGGGGGGGGGAGCUGCAACGAGCAGCAAGCAACUCCCAGACUGCAGAGACAGCCUACAGAUCAGGUAAGUGAGGAAUGGGGGGCAGCCUACAGAUCAGAGUAAGUGGGGAUGGGGGCAGCCUACAAAUCAGGUAAGUGGGGAUGGGGCAGCCUACAGAUCAGGUAAGUGAGCAAGGGGGGCAAGAGGGGGCAGCCUACAGGUCAUAGUAAUUGAGGAUGGGGGGCAGCCUACAGAUCAGGCAAUGAGGCAUGGGGGCGGCCUACAGAGCAGGUAAGUGAGGGAGCAGCCUACAGAGAAGGUAAGUGAGGGAUGGGAAAGCAGCCUACAGAUCAGGGGAGUGAGACAUGGGGGGGCAGCCUACAGAUCAGAUAGGUGAAGGAUGGGGGGCAUCAUACAGAUCUGGGAAGUAAGGUUUGGGGGGCAGCCUACAGAUCAGGUUAGUGAGGCAUAGGGGGGCAGCCACAGAUCAGCUAAGGGGAGGCAUGGGGGCAGCCUACAGGUUGGAGGUAAGUGAGGCAUGGGGGGCAGCCUACAGAUCAGGUAGGGGAGGCAUGGGGGGCAGCCUACAGAUAAGGUAAGUGAGGCAUGGGGGACAGCCUUCACAUCAGGUAAGUGAGGGAUGGGGGCAUCAUAUAGGAAUGGUCAGCAAGGAGCAGCAAGGUAAAGUAGGAGAAGGAGCAGUAAUGAGCAGAAAGGGACAUCAAGGAGUAGAAAGGGUCAGCAGUGAGCUGGAAAGGACAGAAAAGCAGAAAAGAACAUAAAUGAGCAGGGAGAGGCAGAAAUGAGCAGGAAGAGGCAGCAAUUAGCAGAACGAGUUUGCUAGGAGCAGGAAGGAUCUGCAAGGAGCAGAAAGGGGCUGCAAUGAGCAGAAAGAGUCAGCAAGGGGCAGGAAGGGACAGAAGGAGCACAAAAGUAAAGAAGCAGAAAGAAUCAGAAGAUAACAAAGGUAACGUAGGAGAAGGAGCAGAAAGGGGCAGCAAGGAGCUGGAAGGGACAGAAGGAGCACAAAAGGUAAGGUAGGAGAAGGAGCAGAAGGGAACAGAAAUUAGCAGGAAGGGUCAGCAAGGAGCAUGAAGGGGAAGGGACUGCAAGGAGCAGAAAGAGUCUGCAAGGAGCAGGAAGGGGCAAUAAGGGUCUGCAAGGAGAAGGAAGGGGCUGCAAGGGGCAGGAAGUGACAAAAGGAACACAAAGGUAAAGGAGCAGAAAGAAUCAGAAGGAGCACAAAGGUAAAGUAGAAGAAGGAGCACAAAGGGCCAGCAAGGAGCUGGAAAGGGCAGCAUGGAGUAAAAAGGGUCAGGAAGGAGCUGGAAGGGGUAGAAGGAGCUCAAAUGUAAAGUAGAAGAAGGAGCCAAAAGGAAUAGAAAUGAACAGGAAGGGGCAGCAAGGAUCCGGAAGGGUCUGCAAGGAGCAGGAAGGGCAGCAAGAAGCAGGAAGGGUCUUCAAGGAGCAGGAAGGGUAUCAAAGGAGAAUAAAGUGUCUUUUAUUUACUGAGUAUCAGGAAGUACAGAGUGCCGUUGGGUAGGGGUGUCACUGAUUGGCUAGAGCGGUCAGCUGGCAAUGUAAGCCAAUCAGUAGUUCCCCAUUCAUAAAAAAGUUAAACAUUUUUAUGAACCGGGAGCUAGCAAUUGGCUUAGAGCGUAAGCUGACUCUAGCCAAUCAGUGGCACCCAUCCCUGACAUCAAUCUGCACUUCCGGAAACUCCAUUUCAUAAACCGAAUACCACUGAGCGACAUGGAGAUCUGGAGCUGGAGGGUUAAACCAUUUGAGAGCAGUUUAACCCCUUAAAGGAAAGAGAGCACCCAGGGGCCUCCUAGCAUCAUAGCAUUUUUAUUUAAAUGAAGUUUUUAUGGUUACCAGAAUGUUCCUUUAAUUUGAUUAAAGGAACACUCUAGUGUCACGAAUACACACAUGUAUUCCUGACACCAUAGUUGUGAAAAUGCUAUUCACCCUGGCUUUAUGUGAUAAUGACUAUGCCCCUCCCCUUCAUGACACUGUCAAAAAGGGGCCAAACAUGGAUGUCAUUAUAAUUAUGCCCCCCACCCCCCCUCUAAAAUAUUCCUGCGGACGCGCAUGUAGGCAUUCAGUUGUUUAUGCUUUGAAGUUAUUACAGGACCAGUUUACAUGUAUCAAUAAAGCAUGAAACGUAUAUCUAUAAAUUGUAAUACGAUAAAAAUUAGAGACCUAAAUACUUUGAGUUUCAAGUAACCUUUAAAUGUUCAGUAGCAAGAACCACAAAUAAAUUGUAUGAGAUAUUGUCUAUCUGGCUAAUUUGUAGUGAAACAAGGAAACUGGAUUAUAUUGAUUCUGCUUUUGUAUUAACGGUAUAAGAUUCCUUAAUUUAUUGGAAAAAACAUUGAAAAGCAUCCGUUCAAAAUGGAAAUGAUAUGUUAUGAGAUCUUCAGUCACAUUAUUAAUACUGGUAAUUUCCCUGAUCAUGUUAAAAAUAAGCAUCUUUGAUGUUAAAUAUCUUAUAUUUGAGUUACUACAGUUCAGUACAAAAUUAAAAAAAAAUUCAAAAGUGUAAAUAUUUAUCUUUCCAUCUUAAAGGACCAAAAUCUCAUACUACAAGCACACCAGGCUGAACAUGUCAGAAGGCUCUUGAGGAAGCCUGUAGAGUAAGUAUGGUGCUUCCUUGUGUCCAAUAUACAUUUUUCAUUUAUUUCUGUUUUAAUAUACAUACCAUGAGAAGAUGCAAAACCAUUACUGCUUUUUGGCAAAAUUUAGAGGAUCCUAAAAACAUGACUUCAGAUUUUUUAUAUUAUAUUAGAUAUCUGAAAUUGAUAUACCUAUGGAAGCAUUCUAAUGGAAAAUGUAUUUAUUUAUUUAGAAAAUAUUUUACCAAGAAGGAUAAAUUGAGAUUUCUCUUGUUUUCAACGAUGUCCUGAGGAGGGUUAGCAUUGAUGAUUAGGAGGUGUCUAAAUUAAACAUUCAAAUAAAUAGUUUAAUAGUAUAUUUAAAGCUAGAGUUGGGUGACAACCUUAAUGCACCACUGUCUUUUUUUUUUCUUUUAGUUUUCCUUUCCUGGUGUCUGUUGUUUCUUAAUGAUUAUACUUCCUCCCCUUGCCACGUGUUUUUAUUUGUAUUUGUUAUUAAUAUUAUUUUUUUUAAUUAUUAUUAUUAUUUUUAAAGCGCCAACAAAUUCUGCACUGCUGUACAAUGGGUGGACGAACAAACAAUUUGGACGCACAGGAACAGAGGGGUUGAUGGGUUUAGUAUGAUGUAUGGCAGAUUUUGUGACUGCACAAUACAUAAGGAAUGAGAAAAACAACUUGAAAGCUGGAUUUCCAGGAAGAAAAAAAUCCCCAAAACCUUUUUAUUUUUUCAAUUAGAAACAAAACUUAAAAAGUAUUAGUCUUUCACUUAUCAAAAAAAUACUCUGCUGGAACAGGGGAAGGGAGAAGGCAUGAGGCGGAUUUUGAAGCUUAAUACAGAUACAAAAAAUUACAUAUAAUAGUGAAAUACUGUAUGGAAAUAUAUAAGAAUGAUGCGCUAUUGGGUUACACUCACAGGAUGAAGGAAUGUAUAAAGGCCUUAGGGAGCCUCCCCUGAUGGAGAUAGGGGGCUAAUCCAACAACUCCUCCUUUCCAGCGAUAGCUCUGCAGCAUGAAGGGCCGGACUCAAGGUUGAAAAGUAUAGAAACAUAGAAACAUAUAAUGUGACGGCAGAUAAGAACCAUUCAGCCCAUCUAGUCUGCCCAAUUUUCUAAAUACUUUCAUUAGUCCCUGGCCUUAUCUUAUAAUUAGGAUAGCCUUAUGCCUAUCCCACGCAUGAUUAAACUCCUUUACUGUGUUAACCUGUACCACUUCAGCUGGAAGGCUAUUCCAUGCAUCCACUACCCUCUCAGUAAAGUAAUACUUCCUGAUAUUAUUUUUAAACCUUUGUCCCUCUAAUUUAAGACUAUGUCCUCUUGUUGUGGUAGUUUUUCUUCUUUUAAAUAUAGUCUCCUCCUUUACUGUGUUGAUUCCGUUUAUAUAUUUAAAUGUUUCUAUCAUAUUCCCCCUGUCUCGUCUUUCCUCCAAGCUAUACAUGUUAAGAUCCUUUAACCUUUCCUGGUAAGUUUUAUCCCGCAAUCCAUGAACCAGUUUAGUAGCCCUUCUCUGAACCCUCUCUAAGGUAUCAAUAUCCUUCUGAAGAUACGGUCUCCAGUACUGUGUACAAUACUCCAAGUGAGGUCUCACCAGUGUUCUGUACAAUGGCAUGAGCACUUCCCUCUUUCUACUGCUAAUACCUCUCCCUAUACAACCAAGCAUUCUGCUAGCAUUUCCUGCUGCUCUAUUACAUUGUCUGCCUACCUUUAAGUCAUCAGAAAUAAUCACCCCUAUAUCCCUUUCCUCAUAUGUUGAGGUUAGGACUCUAUCAAAUAUUCUGUACUCUGCCCUUGGAUUUUUAUGUCCAAGAUGCAUUAUCUUGCACUUAUCCACAUUAAAUGUCAGUUGCCACAAUUCUGACCAUUUUUCUAGUUUACCUAAAUCAUUUGCCAUUUGACUUAUCCCUCCUGGAACAUCAACCAUGUUACAUUUCUUAGUAUCAUCAGCAAAAAGACAUACAGUAUAUACUCGAGUAUAAGUCUAGUUUUUCAGCAAAUUUUUUGUGCUUAAAAACACCCACUCGACUUAUACUCGAGUCACUGUCUGUAUUAUGGCAACUUAGAGAGCCGCGGCCGUCAGAGCCGUGGAAACGAUCCGCGCGGCAACCAGACCGCGAGACUUACAGUGGAGCUGACCGGAACGGAGGAGAAGGGAGCUGACAGGAGCUGCAGGAAAUGUAAGUAAAUGCUUCCUGCCGGCCCCCCCACUUCACAGCCCAUGCCACUGGACCACCAGGGAUUAAGAUAGCCCCCCUCCCUGACCGGUUAACAAGCAGGGAGGGGGGACAAAAAAAAUUAAAAUAAUUAAAAAAAAUAAUAUUAAAAUAAAAAAAAUUUAAAUAAUAAAAAUGCCCUCCCCCCACCCAGUUCACACACACUACACAAACAUACACUCUUCAUUAUAUACACACUCUGCAUUAUAUACACAGAGUCUGUGUAUAUAAUGUAGAGUGUGUGUUUGUAUGAGUGUGUGUGUGUGUGUAUAUAAUGCAGAAUGUGUGUUUGUAUGAGUGUGUGUGUAUAUAUAAUGCAGAGUGUGUGUUUGUAUGAGUGUGUGUAUAUAUAAUGCAGAGUGUGUGUUUGUAUGAGUGUGUGUGUAUAUAAUUAUAAAAAUCACAGAAUUUCAUAGCCCCAAGUUUUACCCUCGACUUAUCCACGAGGCAUAGCAUAUUUCACAAUUGUUGGUCACAAAACUGCACUCGACUUAUACAUGAGAUCGACUUAUACACGAGUAUAUACGGUACCUUACCAUCAAGACCUUCUGCAAUAUCAAUUAUAAAAAUAUUAAAGCGAAUGGGUCCAAGUACAGAUCCCUGAGGUACCCCACUGGUGACAAGUCCAAGCUUCGAAUAUAUUCUAUUAACUACAACCCUCUGUUGCCUGUCACUCAGCCACUGCCUUACCCAUUCAACAAUAUUGGAAUCAACUUAAAGAUUGCAGUUUAUUGAUAAGUAAGUAUAUACUGCUUUAUUCAUAAAAAAGUAUUAAAAACAAACACAAUUUUAAAUAAAUUGGUGCUAUACCAGGUCCUAUGCUUUUUAUCCAACAUGACUUCCUCAGGGACCUUUAGAUAUGCUAAGCAACCAAGUGAGAUGCAAUACAAAAUCACAAUGUAAAAAAGCAGUAAUAAUCCCUCCCCCCGAGUCACUCUUUUUAUAUGACCCGUAUCUCUUCUUAUUGGUGGUCCAGUAGGUGUUGUACUCCGAUUUUCCCAGUUUCUGCCGAUCAUACCAUGUAGUUUGACAUAAUUUCUGGGGCACCGAUUAUCGGCUGACUCUUUCUGAUGAUGCAUUCGUUCCACUUGGUGGCUAUUUUGCAUUCCACCUUUAGUUCGCAAAACAGACUUUGGUGGGAUCUCCCUCCCAAAAGUGAAUAAACUUGACAUUAGUCUGUCAAGCUUACAGGCAUGAUAUAUGCAUCAAAUUGGAAAAGAACUCUUAGAUUGUAAUGACUUAUAGAAAGCUGGACAAGUGCUUCUGGAUAUUAUUCCCACAAUAGAGACAUAAAUUAACAGUAUAGACAAAACCUAACCAAUUUAUAAUGGAUAUGGGCAUGUAGAUUAGAAUGUCAAUUGCCAUUCUUAAGGAUGUAAACAUUAUUUUAAUUUAAUUUUAUUUCUAUUUUUAUUUUUUAUUUCUAUUUUAUUUAGAAUAUAUUUUAAUCAAUAUUUCUAUUUUUAUAUUGGCUUUUAUUUUUCCAUUGAUAUUUAUUAUUAUUUUAUUUACAUUUUACUUUAUUGUGUUCCAUUCCAUUUGUAUUCAUAUAUUUUCAUUUUUAUUUUUCAAUUUGUAUAGAGUUCUUGUUACCCAUAUACAUAUAUAUAAUAAGUGAAAAGCUCCCAUAUUUCAAUUCAUGUAUGUACUAUGAAUCAUUGCUGGAUAAAGUGCUUAGACACAUCCCUAAAUAGAGAUUAUUUAUAAUGAUUACAUCCAUAAGAAUGGAAAUUAAUGUUCUAAUCUCUAUGCCCAUACCAAUUAUAAAUUAGUUAGGUUUUGUCUAUGCUGUUAAUGUAUGUCUCUAUUGUUGGAGUAAUAUCCAGAAGCACUUUUCCAGCGUUCUAUAAAUCAUUAUAAUCUAAGAGUUCUUCUUAUUUUCCUAUUCCUUUAUAUUGUGAGUGUAACCUUUUUUUUAGAUUUACAGCUGUAUCUUCUAUACUUUUUGUUGUAUCUAUAUUGUGUUUUAAAGGAUACGUUCUGGGAUAUCCCUGGAGGAAGCUGUCACCACUAUCCAUUGACUUUUGUUUCACUACACUAUUAACUCCAGGUGUGGGUGAUAUAUUUUUUAUGACCCUUUUUGGUGUACAGAUUCUGAAGUUUACAUUUUUUUUGUCUUGGUGGCAUGUCAUCAGAGACAACUAACCCAGUAGAGCAGGGAUGCCUAAAAGGUAGACCCCCAGAUGGUUUAAAACUGCAGCUUCCAUGAUGUGAUCUUUGUGAUUCUAAAGGCAUUGUAAAAGCAUGCAAAGCCUUGUGGGAGUUGUAGUUCUACAUCAUCUGGGGCUCUACCUUUUGGGCACCCUUGCAAUAAAGGGUCCAAUUAUUUAGGGGAACAUACAUAAUCAAUUGACAAUCAAAAUCAAGUACAAUCUGACAAAUUUCGCAAGCCAGCAGUAUAAUAUAUAAGUGCUUAUAUCAAAAGCAAUUCUGAUUUCUAAUUUCAUUGUGUUGUUUGAGGCUAAUGUGAUACAUAAUACAAGGGUAAAACCACAAGAAUAUAUGGCGAAGAAUAAACGGUCCCCUGCUAAUCUAUAUGUCCAAGAGUAUGGGGUUAUGAUUUGCAAUGGUUUUCUUUACAAUGAAUUGAGGGAUGCAGUUUCACAAUUCAGGCACUGUGUGAGGGGAGAGAAGAUCUGUCUCAGUAAAGUCUGCUACCAGUGAAGAUCCAUCGCCCUGCCCCAUUCCUGCCACUGAGGAAGCAAAUAAAAUGAAAGAACUGUGGGGUUCUCACGGCUGCUUCCUACUUCUGGGUGAAUUCAGCAGGAAGUAGAAUGACUUAGGUGGUAUGGGAGGCAGAGCACAGACCAACAUUAUGUUUUGAAAAGUAACCUGUACUCAGUGGCAGAAAAGGAGUUGCUAAGGUUGGAAGUGUUACCAGGCCCUCUGUGUUCCACCUGUCAUGGAGCCCAUGAGCUGGGUGGCUGGCCAAUUUAGUGCUCCCAACUCUGACAGCUUUGGGUAAAGCAGAGUAGGCACCUGCUUACCCAAGUGGAAGGAGCCUACUCUGCCUAAAUGUACUGUGUCAGGAAGUGGGCUGAGGCCAUAUAUUCUAAAAGACAACAUAGCCAAUCUGGCAAAUUUAAAUGUGCAAAAACUUUGGCCAAUGUUUGUGACUACGUGGCUACUAAAAAAGACUGUACAUAACCCAUUUUGAAUUUCUUGGAUUGCCUAAUUUUCGAAAUGGUAUUCCAUGAUGGACGUAAUUUUAAUUCCUUGGCUGUCAUACAGUCUCAAAGGCAACAUAGGCCAAUCUGGCAGAUUGCAAAGUGUAAAAACUGGAAAGGGGAAAUCCUUGUAUUAGAACCUAUAAGUUUCCAAAACCCCAAAGAACCUGUACAUGGGGGUACUGUUUUACUCAGGAGACAUUCCUGAUCACAAAUGUCUAAUGUAAAUUUUAUUGCAGUAAAAGCUAACAGUAUUAGCCAUUCACAGUUCAAAUGUUAAGUAGAACUAAAAAAAAGUUUCUUAUUUUCUCACACUUUUUUUGUUUUUAUUUAUAUAAAGUGAUAUUCCAUAUAUACAAAAUUGAUGUAAAAUGAAAGCCCUGUUUCUUCUGAACAAAAUUAUAUAUAAAAAGUGUGGGUGCACUUUAUAUGAAAGAGGUAAAUUAUGGUUGAACAGACAUAGUCAAAUUCCAGAUUUUGUUUUGAUCAGAACUUCUAAAUUGCCUCCGUCCUUAAGGGGUUAAAAUAAACUUCCUUUUGUUUAUUUACAGAAAGCAUAAGUCAUGGUUUGAAAGAAAUAUCUACACUUGGGAUCCAUGUUUUAAAUUUCCCAACAGAAUAAUUGGCACAACAGUCCUGGCCUUGUUCUGUCUGUACAUUGUAAGUUGUAUAUAAAAGUAUGUAUUUUGAAGGAGCUGCAAUUUAUAUCGACAACUUUAAAAGGAGUGUGUUCCUCUCAUUUCAAAAAUUUGACUUCCUUGGCCCUCAUCUCAAUAGAUACAUUUUAGGGGUAAUGAACAGCAUCCAUGUUGGAAACAAACUUUCCCAAGUUGAGCUGCUGGGCCAUUUUAGAAUCUUACUAUAGAUUGGGCUAGACAGGGUCUUUCCUAAUCCUCUUAAAUCUAGUGUGGUAGGUGUGUCUCUUACCUCAUGUGUGCCCCCCUGUGAGGAUAUUUAUGGGGUGAUAAAUAUUAAAAUAAUAUUUUCAUAAAAAAUAUCAAAAAAAUUUAAUUUAAUAAUUUUUAUUAUAUCAAAAUUGAUAUCUUGGCACUGUCCCCCGAAAUUAAUAAUAUAAAGCUGAGAAUUACUCACAAUAUUAAUUCUCUUAGAUCCUAGAGCAAGUCAUCAGAGGAUUUUACCUCACACAGUGAUCAUAAUUUCUUUAUAAAAAUACAAUUUAUUGUGACAAUAAUAAUAAAAAUAAUAUGUAACAUACGUGACAAUAAUCAGUGAAUAUUUAGUAUAACAUAGGCAUACAAAAAUGGCAAUGGUUUAAACAAUACAGCGGUUAAAAGCAAUCAGCUGUCAAGAGAAUAGGGUACUUCAAUUCAUACUGACACAAAGAUUCACACACCGGCAUAUACAAAAACUGAUGCACAACAGCACAUAGUGGCACACAGAUACACACACUGACAAAAACACUAACACACAGAUGCACAUACUGACAGAUAGACACACCUUGGCAAACAGAUACAAACACACUGGCACAAUGAUAUAAACACAGACACACACACACACACUGACAGCUACACUGACACCCAGGGUUCUGUGGAACACGAAUUGGGAAACGCUGCUCUAGACAAUUGCCUGCCUCUUGAGUUCCUUUAAGGACAAAACAUUUUUUUAUUUUAAAUAAUCAUGCAAGAUCAUACUGGCAGUGUUUCAGCCCCAUUGCUAAUCGUCAUGAGCCCCAAGAAAUCAUGUAACCCCCAAGAUAAAUAAAGAAUAUAUUGUUAUACAGGGCCAUGGGAAAUGGAGCAAUUCAACUUUAUAAUACAUUAUGGAAGUUCAUUUGCUACUCUCCCUGCUGCCUUUGUAAAACAAUAUAUGCCUCAGUUAACUCUGUUAUUUUAUAAGUCCUGUAAUUGCUUUCCUUCUCUGUGCCCAUUGGGUGUCCUUCACACUAAGGCACUCAUGAUGAGCAUCUCUGAUCUAGAUAAUGGUUGGGUGCCACGACACUUUAACUGUCAGAUCAGCAGUGCUGGGAGGAAGUGAGUUCAGGUCAUCUCUUCCAGGUUAAAGAGCCGUGUUGGAGAGCAGACAUAGAGCCUGGACCAGUGGGGUUGCUAUUAACAGUUUAAUUGACAUUGUAAUAAAGUGCUGAAAGAUCAAAAAUAAGAAAAAGGAUUACCUCAUUUUGAUCUUACACCUGUUUAGUAGUUAUCUCUUAAAUCUAAUAUCCUUAUGUGGGAUUGCCGUAUAUAUAAGGAUACACAAUUUUUGUUUAGUAGAUUGCUCCUUAGUAUGGUAUCUUUAUACAUGGCAACACUGAUGCGAUGAAUUAUAUAAUAUUAUAUAUAUAUAUAUAUAUAAACAUUUUUCAAUGGCUGCUCUCAUAUUUAAUAUGCUUAUGAUAGCAAGAAAAUGUAAAACCAGGCUAGUAGGUCAUGACCUGAGAUUUUGAGCCCUGUCCUAGUUAGAGCUCCAAUUCUUCUCCUAUGAAGUUAUCAAUACUGAUAACUUGUGUCCAUCCAAUAAAAUGCUUCUCAGAGCAUUGGGAUACAUGGCACAUCCGUGUUUUUCUAUGAGAAGCAGUCACUUCCACUUUGAAAUAUAGUAAAAAGCAAGCGAGGCACGAACCCCUGAUGACAUGUUUCAGAAGGAUCAUUUACUACAUGAGUUUGAUAUUCAUUUAAUGUUAGAAAAUAAACAGAAAUUCAGUGUCAAAUUUACUUAUUAAUUUUGAAGCCAAAAUUACAUUUCUGAAGUUCUAAAUUGCAUUUGCGUAUUGCCACUACUAUAUGCUGCUUUCUGUUAGAUGCUAUAUCAUCCAUAGAAAUAGGCAUGUGCAUUAAUUUCCACACUACUGGCAAAAUGAACAAAAAUGUUGGUUUUAGUUAAUUUCGUAUGAAGAUUUCUAACAAAUUGCCAUGCGAGCAAACGGCUAAGGGAACAAACGAGCCACUGAACGUAUUGUGUUUUAUGCCAUUCAUUUAGUCAUAUUAACAGUGGAAUUCUGCCGCAAAUAAAUAUUCAAAUAAUUCUUAUUUUAUCUGCCUGUGAGUUUGUGCAUGCAAUAUUUUGCUUCCAUUUUGUAUUAAUCCUGUUUUACAAACAGGAUUCAUUUAUUUCCAUAGGGAUUAAUGGUUGAAUGAAAUUUGUUAAACUUGUGAAAAUGGAAAACAUUUUGUAACAACAUAUAAAACCAACACAAAUCUGUUAUUCCAAGCACAUGCCUACAUAGAAAUAAAACUAUAUGAUUAACUUUUACUGCUGUUAUUGUUUUAUGCCACUAAUUAUUGCUACUUCUUCUUCCAGUUAAUUACUCAAGAAUUCAACGGCCUUAAAAUGAUUAUACAAAUGUUAAAAUCAAUACACACUGAAACAUUUCGCCAAUUUAUUCAAGACUUUGCUAACGCAAUACACGGUAAAAAGAAAAUAAUUAAUGAUCUUUUAUUGACAGCAAUUAGACAUGUUGAUAAGUUGAUACAGUUAGUUCAUUUAGCCUACUUUAAUUAUCUUUAUGCAGUAAUUCUGAUUAGUUUAUUUAGUAAUAUAAUUCUAUAACAAUACAGGCUCAAAUUGAGUUCAUUAUAUUCAGCCUUUCACAUAUAUCCGUUUUUGUUGAUCCAAAAGAUGAUAAAAAAAGGAGAUGGCAAAAUUUAUAUAAUACCUGUAUGUUUGAUGGUCACCAUUGCCGCUGCUGCCUUAAAUAGCAAACUUGCAUCCUUUAGGGAGCAUAUGUCAAACCAAGCAGUUUUCAAACCAAUAUCACUAGUAAGAUUUGUAGUAAAAAAUAAUUUAAACAACCUGACCUAUGUGGCGAAACUAACCUCGCCACUGGGCACUGAAGAAGACUAAUUGCCGGCCUCUUGCCAUGUCACUAUGGCCCCUGGGAGACUUUGCCAGUUAAAAACACUAUUUGGACUUAUUGGUGUUUAAAAGACUGUUCUGGCCCUUUAAUUGGAACUGGCACAAUUCUGCACCUUUGAUUCCAUUGGAGAAUGUGCCUUCUCCUGUCUCAUUGUUCUCCAGCAGGGCAUUGUCCCAGGGACACUGCCAGACCAGUUUAUACUGGCUGCUUUGUCCCUCCUCAAUCUCUAUAUCAGCCCUUGCUAAACUUAAACCCCAUGGCGAUUUGACUGUGUUCGUGGGAUCUGAGCGCUGUUCGAUAUAUUGAGCGCUCAGAUCCAAGCUAUCUGGGGAAUGUGGGGGUUCUGUUCAGUAUGAUAGGAUUUAUGUAUUUUUGUGUAUUUUUGCUGUUGUUGUGAAUAGAGAUAUUUUCUGUACCUGGAGAUAAUUGGCUUACCACACCCAAUCCAUGCUUGCAGUCGGUCAAAAAGGACUUCUAGCUAACUUUUUAACCACUGAAGGUAAUUGUAUGAUUGAGUAUGUUUGUAUUUGGAGUAUGCUGAUUCUGAAAAUGUAAGUUUUAUGUGAAUGUGAUGUAUACUUUUAGAGUUAUGAAUAUUGGGUAAAACUGUGUAUUUUCCUGGCUUUGAUAAUUACUUUAGCCCAUUGUGUUCAGUAAUUAUAUCACAGGCAGAGAGGAGGAUUUUGCUGUAAUAAAUGGGAGUGUCAGACAUUGUUGUAUUAUUUUGAUUGGUUUGUGUCCUUUGUAUGCCUGUGUACCAUCAGGUUCAGGGGGUGUGCCUCUGGUCUGGGGAAUUGAUUUCCUGUUUGGCUGUUUGGAGUGUAAACCUUUCGUAUGGUUUUUCCUGUUUGGCAGUUUGGAGUGUAAACCUUUCGUAUGGUUUUUCCUGUUCGGUGGAUUGGUGUAUUUAGUAGCUGCCUUUGCAUCUGGAAAGGAAAUAUCUCCUAAACGGCUUUAACCCCUUUCAUGCCCGAGGUGCCGUUACAACAUAUAUAUAUAUAUAUAUAUAUAUAUAUAUAUAUAUAUACAUAUGCAAUUUGUUACAAAAAAAAAAGUUAUUCAAUAAAGGUUUUUCCACUGAUAUUUUCAUCUCUUCUUGGUGAAGUGUUUUAAAAAGUGUUUUAAAAGCUACAAGGAGAAGACAACUUAUAUUUAAACUCCUUUGGAAUAUGUUUUGGCUUUCUUCUAUUGGUUAAACAGUAAAACAUAUGAUUUUAGAGGCUACAUGAUCAUGACUAUUGGGAAAAUGUAUUGCUCUCAACCCACCACUAGAUUUUCUGGGUGCAUUUGCCCUCCCCAACACUCUGCUUGCUUCAGUUAUAGUGGGCAUUAUGAAAAGGUUCAUUUUUCUAAAGCCACAAGAAAUGUCCAAAGAAAAUAAGAAAAUUUGCCUAAAUUCAUUACACUACCUUCUGAGCAAGUCUUCUAGGACAACACGUUGGCAAGAUGUUAAGAAAUAUUGGUGAAGGAAGCAAUAUUGUCGUGCUAUUCUGAUUGUGAGAGAGAUGGAACACAGUUAUAGAGAAUAGAUAAAAUAUUGACAUGGAGUUAGUAUGCAUUUAUGAUGACCUUAAAAUCUUUUUAAUCUUGUUUGUCUGUUCAUUUAGGUGUCUGGUAUUUUGCAACAAUCUUAUCAUCCCUGACAACUGUUUCUUAUAUAUUUCAUAUAUUAGCCUGCUACAGGUAA